AUGGCCACACUGUUACAGGAGGGGGGGGCGGGGGGAGAGAGGGAGACGUCAUGGAAAGAAGUACGUCAGAACCAAUUAGCCAACGGGAAGCGCCGCUGUGGGCGUGGCUGGCGGCUCGGUGGGCGUGGCUGGCGGCCAGGCAGAGUGAGUGAGGGAGGGCGGGAGAGCUGGAGCACACUGUGCAAUGCCUGCACCGGGGCGCCGCCGGCAAAUGUCCGAGGAGAGCCGCUGGAGCUGCCGCUGAGGACGGUGACGUCACUGCAGUCACCACCCCCACCGGUGAGCGGGCGGGCGGGUGUGGAGCCCGGGCUGUGAGGGCAAGGGAGGCGGGCGGGCAGGCAGGGGGCUGGAUACGGUGACCGGGGGGUUCACGGUCUAGGAGUGCGGCUCUGCCCUCCUCCCCGGGCGGGUACAGCCAUUAAAUAGCCCCGUGCUGGCUGUGUGUGUGUCACUGAGUGCCGGCUCUCUGUCUCUCUCUGUCUCUGUAUCUCCGCUGUGUCUGUCUGUGUGUGUCAUUGCAGUCACCGGGGCUCCCCCCCCUCCUCCUCUUAUUCCCUCCCCCUCCUCCUGUCACCACCACCACCCCCCCCAGCACCAUCUCCUCCCUCCCCCCCAUCCUCACUCCGGCUUCACCAGCUCAGGGCGAGAGGAUCCCAUCCAGUGAGUGUGAGCGGGGGCCACCACUAACCGGUCCCCAGGAGCCCUUCCAGGACCACACCUGCAGCCUCCUCCUCCUCCUGCAGGUAAGCAGCCCGUUACCGGGGAGGGGAGCCUCGGGGAGGGGGUACUGCAAGCCCCCCAAUAUGCCCCUCCAGUCUGUCCCCCCAUUGCCAGGCUGCAGCCCCCCUCCUUCCAGCCAUACUGCUCUGUCCUUGUCUUCUCCCUGUCAGGUGAUGGGGCUGCCGCCUGUGCCCUUUGUACUUUAGGCUGUGCUAUCCUGGCUCUGGCUCCCUCUCAUUGCUUGCCCCCCUGGGUAGGAUUUUUACAUUUUAUUUACCCUGUUGCUCCCUUCUCUCUGCCCUUGUCUGUCACGGCGGGGGCUAUGGUGGCUAAAUGCCUAUAGAAGUGCAGGCCACCACUGGGAUCCUUGGUGCCAAUGCAUCUGAUGAUGAUGGGGAGGGUGGCUGGAUUACAUGGGAAUUGUAGUAUUGUAAUAUGAUGGUGUCAUGGCAAGAGAUUGGGCACCAUCACCAUGGCCUUUAGGACAUUUUUUUUUUUUUUACUGCCAUUCAUUUUUAUUGGGCACUGGCAAUCUGUUGGUAGGGAGGGUGCACAUUAGUUGACAAUCUGUUCUCUCUCUCCCCGCCCCCCCUCUUUAUUUCAUUCACCAAAAUAAAAGGGUUCCUUGCUUUGACCUUGAGUCUGUUGUACAUGGAGGUCUCAGCUGUGACUCAUAUCCAGUUUUGAAUUAAAUCAUUUUACAGUGACAGUAAAUGGGGCUAUCUAGGUCUCUUUGCAGCUUUAUCAUCUGGUUUCAUUGAUAAUGACUGGCUGGUGUACCCACAUAUGGAUGGUAGGCAUUGCAGGGGAUAGACCUUCUUCAUGCACCUUGCAAGCUGUCAGCUGUGCUAAAGGCAGCUGUGCUUAUGAGCUACAUGAUUUGAGUGCAAAGCAACAGAUUUUUGGUCUGGUGUUCCUUCACAUAUCUCUAGACAUGCUCUUUUAAUACGUCAUUUUUUUAUGCUAAGGGAGCCAAUGAAAUGCUUAUCGGGCACUUUAUAUAUAGUGCUUGCCUUGGUAGUACUGAAUAACAUGGCGAUGAUGCAUUGACUGCCAAACGAAACGUGCAAUGGAUGGUGGUAGAUGAAUCUACUUCUGAACCUUUUUGCGUGUACUGGUCGGAUUAAGUAGCUGGGAUUAGUCUUCUGCCUGCUUACUGUUUCUGUUGGUUAGCUUUCCUGAGUGCUUUAUGCAGGGGACACUGCAGUAAUCUGGUACUUGACAGCUACAGGUUUUAUGACACUUUUUUUUAUUUUUUUUAUUUUCUUUGAUGGUAAAUAUGAGCAUUUGUCACAUCAUUGGUAUGUUGUCAAUAUCUUGUUUCAGUCCGCAGCUUUUUAUGAAAUAUGUGUUUGCCUUAUCCUCAUUGUGUGCGGUUGUUGAAUUUACUGUUUAAAAUAGAGUAAUUGCUUUUCUGCCUGUGUCUGGUUUCCUAUACACAUAGGCACUUGUUUUACACAUGAAUAGUAUGCGGUAUGAGUUCCUGUGAAUAGAAUGUUAAACGCACAGCUUUCCUGUUAAAAGGUUUAUUUACAGAUUUAUUUAUUUUUGUGGAUUGCUUACAAGUGCAACAUUUUAGUAUUGCCAUACACAUCAACAAAAUGUGAUGAAAUGAAUGUUAAUAUAAAUGAAAAUAUAAAUUCUAUAGUUUAUUAUUAUUAAAAUGCUACAGGUAUAGCUUCAGGCAUUCUAGAAUUUAGUCCUUUGAUGGAUUAUUUUUCCCUUACUAAAUGAAUAAUCAGCCAUAAGACACGUGAAUCGUUAUAUUCAGUGUCUUUGAGGGAGCUGCUAAUUCCUCAGUUGAUCAGAUGUUCCUGAGCUUUGAUCUAUAUCCUCCUGAUUGCACUCUAUGUAGUGUCAGGCUUUCAGGUCUGUGUGUCAGGUUGCUUUGGACAUUUUUCUUUAUGGUCCCUUUUUUGUCACAUAGCCAUUUUAUAUAUAAUAUAUAUAUUAUUAUUUUGUUCUUUCCUUUUUUGUUAAGUGGAAUGUAAUUAAUUUUGGCUAACAGCUUGACAACUAUUGUUUGUGUUGCCAAGCAAAUUGUGCACCAAGAGCUCAUUAAAAUAAUUUCCUUUAAUUGUAAAACAUUGAAAUAUAUAUAUAUAUAUAGUUUUUCUUUUUUUUUUCGCCUUUUGAAUUAUAUUAUAUAGGCAAUUGCUACCUGUUAAACAUUUUGGCAAAUAAUAAUAUACUUCUGUCUGUCUCUCGCCAUGUAUUUCUUUAAAUCGAAGAAACAUCUGAAUAUAUUAUAUAUAUAUAUAUAUAUAUAUAUAUAUAUAUAUAUAUAUAUAUAUAUAUAUAUAUAUAUAUAUAUAAAAAAUUUUAAUUUUUUUUUUUUUAAUUUCACUUUUGCCAUUAGCAUUGUUUUGGAUGGGUAAUUGCAUGCCCUUCACAUGCUUGAACCAGGAAGGGUUUGAUAUCAGUGCUAAAGCAAUACCAAUCAUUCAGUAAAAAAGUUACUAGCCAAGAGAUAAAACGCUUUUACAUCUUCUAACUGGCUAAUACUGUAUAACCUCCCCAACAAUGGCUCUUAACUUUUGGACUCCCCUCCCCGCCCCCCAGUGUCACAAGGAUCUGCAUUGCAUUGGGGAGGCACUGCAGUAAAGAAAGAGAAAAUUAUUUGCCUGUUCGGUCUGAUGACACAGUUCUGAAUUCCAAACCAAUGUUAGAAUGCUACGGUUGUAGAGUAUAAGGAUGUUCUUGACCUGCUCAUUACAUAUGAAAUGUGACUCUUGUUUAACAUAAACUACCUUUUUAAAUGAUUGGCUUUAUUCUCAUCCGUUUGUAAGUUGACCAUACAGUUACGAUUCAAAGUGUGUUAACAGUUGUCUGUCAACAAAGGUUAAUAUACCUUGGGUUUUAAGGUGCAAACCACGGCCAUCUAUCAUCCUGUAGCCUAGCUUUGCCCAUCAACAUAAUCCUUUUGUUAGUGCAUAAAUAGUGUUUAGCAAUUGUUCUGAAAAACGAAUAUUUUUGGGUAAGUCAUAAACCACAAAAUUCCAAGAUAUCAGUAAGUCAACAACUUUAACCAUAAAUGGUUAUGCUCAAUUUUCAUUUGGCUUCUCCUAGGUUUAUCUAAAACCAUUUUUAAACUGAACUAGGGGAUGUGUGUGGCCUGUUCGCUUUUAAUAUUUUGCCUGAUUUUUCUCUAGUAGUAAGUCUAGUGAGGAUGUAUCUGUUUCAUAGGCAUGUUUGAACGGUAACUUUUGAGACAAAUUGGAAAAACAUUGCUUGCUGCAUCUUAAUGUGUGAAAAUAGAUUUGAGUCUUAACUGUAUAUUUUGUAUUUCUUUAUGUAGAAUGGUAUUUGAUUAGAAAUAUAUAAAUAUAUAUUGCAAAUUUAUGUCUGAGUCAUUGAAAAUGCACUUGCAAAGAUUUGGGGGUGGGGGGGUUUCAGUACAUUACAAGAUACAGAAAUGUCACAUGAAUUGGUCAUGCAUGGUUAUGACAAAGUUCUGAUCUUAUAGAAAUGAAAUAUUGAGCAGUUAGUCUUGACUCUUUCCGUACUGCUUACAUUUUUAGGAAAUCUACCGAUUUGCAUAUUGUACCAGGGUCAUGAUGACUCAUUUUAGAUUCUCACCCCCCAAAUAAUACUUCCCAGUUCAGUGACUGCUUUUAGAAACGAUCAGGAAGACUCUUGUCCUGGGGCAUAACGUUACUUCCAUAACAUUUGUGGCAUUCUUUUCAGAAAUGGAAAAACCGGCCCUCCACCCCCCAAUCUAUGUAUUCAUUGAAAUUUGCAGAGGCCCCUGAGGGCUUUAUGUGAAUGUAUGUUGUACUGCCAGGGUUAUACACUGAAGUGUGAAGUCCUGGGAAUUUCAAAAUUAAUUAUAAAUUUUAUGCCGAAAUAGCUGAAUUGGGGGGCGGUGUAAUAUCCGCAGUGGCCCUAUUUAUAACUUGUCUGACUUAAAAUUCAAAGUUAAUUUUGACUUCAGGUCACAUUUUAACUCCUCACAGCUCACAUUUUAGUGUAUAACCUUUGUGUAUUUUCAAUAUUCACUACAACUUGUGUGCUGUGUUGCACUUAUAUUGUUUAGUAGUGUAGUUACUCUUUGUACAUAUGUAUAAUAUAUAUUUUUUUCCCCUUUUUCAUUUUAUCCUUUGUUUCGGAACAGCUUGGUUUGCUUGUAUCAUAUUGCCUGAUUGCUGAGAGCUUGUGACAUCAGGCGUGUGACAGAAAUAGAAAUAGUGCUGAGGUCGUUAGAGAAGACACUAAUGUAUAUUUUAAGCUUUAUUUUAGUUUUCAUUGUUUGCAUGCGUUUAUAGAUGUUCCAGAUUGUGCAUAAUCUAUACCUAAAUGUGAGAAUACUUUUUAUUUUUUUAUUUAUUAAAAGCAUUUUUACAUUCUAAGCAUUAAAUGUUCUUUAAAGUGGGUCAUCAAACAUGAAAUUAAAAAAAAUUUAAAUAAAUGCUUAUUAGUAAUCUAAAAUAAUGAAACAAAAUUACUCUGGCUACCAGGUGUUUGUUUGUCUUGCAUAUCCAUUUAUAAACUGUUGGGUCACAAAAUAUCAUUGGACAGAACCAGAUUCAAGUGGAUAAUUCCAUGAUUUAACACCAUUGGGUCUUCAGAUGUUAAGUAGAUCGAAUAUGUCCCCUAAAGUUUUUUGAAAAUGCAAAAUGUGCAUUCCUAUGGAAACAUAUGUGCCCCCCAAGUAAGGUGGUCAUUUUUCAUAUAUAUAUAUAUAUAUAUAUAUAUAUAUAUAUAUAUAUAUAUAUAUAUAUUUAUAUUUAUUUUUUUUUUUUUUAAAUCACCUGUUUAUUAUUUGCUUCUGUAUUCGUUUCGAUUGUACAAUGUUAAAAUCUAGACAACACUCCUAAAAACUGAACUUUUUAUUUAUUUUUAUUUAAACCAAAAUAUUUGCACAUCGAUAGUCAAGAUACAAUUAAUUAUACAAUAUUCAGGAACCAGCUGUAGUAAUUUCAGUAGCUUUAUCUCCUAGGACUAUGUAAUGGGUCAAAUAUAACUGCUUUUGCAUUGACUCUAAGAAGGUGAAAGUCAACAUCCUGCAAAAGGGGCAACAGUCUUUCACAUAAAGGAUAUUGGUAUUACCAUUUAAAGCGUCACAGUCACCCCCUUCCCUGAUAGAAUCUUUAUGAAAUACUCAUAUUGACUGUUGGAAUUUCACUGACAUUCCAAACCAGUCAAAAGAUAAACUGGAACAAAGUGGGGACUACUUUGUCUCCAUAUAUUUCCUAUGCCUGAUACUUCUAGACAAUGGUUGGAGCUACCGCCAUCUAGACGUGUCUAUCCCUCCCCAAGACGUCACCAGUGACAUCUGCUACUGGCGCUAAAGCCAGACCGGGGCAGUUCUGCUUUAACUAAGAAAUGUGAAGUACAUAUGGUGCCUACUGAUGCAUUUCUUUUACUCAUAUAAGUCAGGGGUUCUCAAGUACACCCUACGAGUCCAGGUUAGCUAAUACCCUGUUGUGUCUAAAGUGUUAAAAUGUAAAAAUAUCACUGAUUUAAAAUAAAAUACAAAAUAACUCUGCUUUCAUUUCCAGCUUGUGAACUGUAUAGACUGAUUGCUUGUGUUAAUUCUUGGACAGAUAAUUAAGUCUAUUGGUUGUAAAAACUCUCUAGGCUUUUGACAUUUAUGAGCCAGCCUAUUGAUUUUUUUAGGAGAUAUGGAACAGGUGUAUGCAAUGUCCACAAAAUAAUGUUAGGUGCCUCUGCCACAGAAAUAUUUAGCUCUUUGUGUCUGUCAAACUUUGCCCUAGACACACAAACAAAAGAGGAAAUGAUUAUUGGAAAAGAACUGAAAUGGCAAACAAUUAGAAGAACAGAGAAAAUAGUCAAAAUAAAAAAAAAGGCAAGCAUAUCCAUGCCGAAAUGCAAAGUUUUAAGGCACAAAAUAUGAUAGAUGCAUUUGACAUGUAUCCUAUCAACAGUGUCAGAUGUAUCCUAGGAGUUGGGUAGCUAUGACUUGACUUGGCUCUUGCUAUUAUUUCCAACUUUUUGAACGUUGAUAUUCUCAUGUAUAAAAUUAUAGAUAAUUGUGAAAACGGUGCAUUUUCUUGCAUGUUAAAUAAAACUAUGAGUUUCUCCUCAAAGUUUCAGAUCAUUUGUGGCUAAAAUACACCUUUAAUCACUUAUUUUGUUUUUAUUACACUUUCCAUACUUGUGUAUUUUUUUUUUUUCCCCCCAUUCUCUCCUAAUCAACUCAAGGAUGCUUCCAAGUACUAUUAAGGGUUUUUGUGUUUCGCACUUGGAAACUUCAAUGUGACAGCUGAGCCGCAGUGUACGUUCCCCAUCUAUUGUUCCACACACUUCAUUUCAUUGGAUGGUAUCAUGUGUCUAGAAACCUAGCAGAUAUGUUUGCAUUGUGUUCAAGUUAGCCAUGUAUAGAGCAUAAACAUUGCCAUGGCUACACAAGGCAACAGUUUGUUUUGCUAUUGAAUAAAUAACAUGGUAAUUGAACAUAGUGAGUACUGUACAUAGUACGGUCAAAUUAAGUCUUAUAUUUUGUCAAGUCAAAAACUGUAUGUGCAUACUACCUGCUGAAUGCUGUUAUCCGUUACAGUGACUGAUACAACUUAAAUUUUAUAAAGAAAAUAAUCUGCCUAUACAUUUAACAAUUUAUUAAAAGCAAGUAUAGUUGGGGUAAACACAUAACCUGUGGGGACAAGGUGGCAUAUACAGACAAUGGUUGUACGCAAAUUGUACAUUGAGGUUGAUCCCAUUCCAACAUCAGAGGUUGUUUUUUCCUUUGAGCAAGGUAGCAUACAUUUUUACUAGUUGUGCCCACCUGUAUACAACUCUGGAUGUUUUAUAUUAAAUGCUGAGAGCAUUGUCAGGUGUGUGUAUGUAUUUAGCAAGUCAGCAGACCUUGCUUCUCACACAUAGCACUAGCAGACGAUGAUUAAUGUAUCUUUAAAUUCUGGAUAGGGAUAUGCAAAUAAGGACCAUGAUGUUUAGACAAAAAAAUAUAGCAAUGGACAGAGUUUUCAUUUUAUAUCUCAAAUAGCAAUACUCCUAUCUCUCCUUACUCUCUUAGACUCCAUGAAAUCAGUGUAUCAACCAGAUAUGCAUGCAGUAAAUCCCUGCCUAUUUGGGGAACAAGGAGAACUGUUUUGGUACUGGCACUAUUCACAUCGGAUAGGUUUCAUUAUUACACCUAAAAUAUGGUGCCUGGCUCUGCUACUUGUUGGCCAAAUAAGGUGGUUCCUCUAUGCUUCUAUUCCCCACGAGUCUUUUAUCACAUCAGUGUUUAUAUGGUUAAUUCAGCAGUUCAAAUUCCAGAAUGGUAGGGUGCUAGCAUUUGAAACCCAAAUAAAUUCAGUGCAGGGGCUUCUGUUUUGGCAUACUGAGACAUGAAAAAAAUAUUGAUGUAAGUUUAAAGGCUGAAUGCAGGAUACAUCAUGUCAAAACAUUUUCACUUUUCGACUUGACAUUAAACCUUUUGACUUUUAGCUGUUUCAAGAGAAGCCACAGCAAAAAUGUUUCAUGUGUGAUGCAAAACACCACUGACUGCUACCUCACAGUUGAUUAGGCUGAAGGUGGACAAUAUCUGUUCGCAUCCGUCGAGGCAGCCAUGCAUGAGAUAACUGUCUCGGUGCUACUGCAGCAAAAAAAAAAAAAAAAACCAUUUGUUAAAUUUGUGCAGGGGUCCAUAUUGGAAUGCAAUAUUUAAGUCCCUCUCUUCAUGCAGCACUGUAGUUGGCAAACAAGCACUGCGUAGAACAAAUAGUAUGUUUUCUUUAAAAACAUGGAAUGUUAUCCCCAGACUAUGCAAUGUUUUUAAAAGUUCAGUGACUCUUUUAGUAAGAUAUAUAAAAAUAUAUAUUGUUAUAAAGUUAUCUUCACAUUUGACGAGAUAGUAUGGCAAUUUAUAUUUCCUUUUUCCCACCAAAGCACAUCCGAGCCCAUAAAAAGUCUUUUGAUGUUCCGACCAGAUUUGUAUGCAUGUACCAUUUUCUUAUUUGUAAAGCAAUUACUCAACCCUUUAUAUAUAUAUAUAUAUAUCUGGUGCAUUCCCACUUUAUCUGUAGUUCACCACUUUUAUUCCUCUCUGGCUUUUUUUUGCUUUUUCUCUUUUUACUAAAGAUUAUAAUCGCAAACUGAGAUUAUUAUUAUUAUUAUUAUUAUUAUUAGGAAAAAGAGCAUAUUUACAAUUUGAAGGAUUUUUUUUUUUGUUCUUUAUUAAAAGAAAAAUUAAAGCUGCUGAAAAAGUUUGUCAGAAACUGCAAUUACACUUCAGACAAAUCGCUUAAAAUAUAUAUUUGCGUGAGCGACAUCUAGUACUUUUGGUUAGCUGUUCCGAGCUAAACCCAGCUAUAGAGGACCAGCUCACUGGCUGAGAGCGUCGGCUGAUUGCUCUGUUGGUGAGCUAAGUGUUAGUGAAGAGACCUUGUGGCGCCCGGUGGAUCUCAGAUAAGAAGUUAAACGGUUGGAAAACGCUUUGACUGCUUACAUUGGGGGAAUAAGUGUACUCCUGGAACUAUCACCACUACAUCACUAUGUUAUGGUGCUUGGAGUGUACCUUUUAAAUGUUGCGCUUACUUAUCAUUAGAACAAACUUUCUUCCAAAUUUAGGUGAUGGUCUUUCCGUGGUUAAUAUUUAAUGUCUUUUAUUUUGAAUUUCACAGUGUCUGUAAACUGUAUACUAGACCAGACCCAUCUUUUUUAAUUUAAUAUGCUCUUAUGCUAGAAACCUGUUUUGCUAUCUAUUUUACAAAGACAUCAUAUUAUGCACAUGUUUAAUAUUACUAGUUUUUGGUCAGACCAAAAUUAAGAGUAACAUGUGGAGGAGCCCUAUCAUUUUUUUCUUAACUUUUUUACUUGAAAUUUUGAUUACACAGUUGGCCGUUUCAUUGCUGCUAUCUUCUGAAGGACCUGUUACUGUCUUUCUAUAUUUUAAUGAUCAAGGAUUGUUCUAAUCAUAAAGAAAUUAUUUGCCUUUUAUGUACAAAGAGCACACGCUUAUCUGUCUGCUAGACAAACCAAACAAUGACUUGUUUAUAAUGUUUAGAACUUUGAACCCAUAGAAGUCCAUUUCUCAUAUUCAGAUGAAAGGUGGAAAUGGCAUAAGAAUAGUUUUAUUUAUUUUUUUUUCCUUUCUUUCUUCAACUUUUAGCUAAUAAGAUAUGAUGAAAUACUGUAAUUUUAAAACGAAAGGAUCUUAAAAUAGAUUUUGAUAGCAUUUUGUUUAGUUCUAUCGUGGUUUUUUUUUUUUUUUUAUUUUUUAUUUUAUUUUUUUUGUGAGGUCAGAAAUAUAAAAUUUAAAGGGACCCAGCAUGUUGUAGUAGAAAAGGUGACAGGGUUUACAUUAUUUUAUUAUUUAUAUAACGCCAUCAAAUUCCGUAGCGCUGUACAAUGGGUGGACUAACAUACAUGUAAUUGUAACCAGACAACUGGACAUACAGGAACAGAGGGGUGGAGGGCCCUGCUCCAUGAGCUUACACUCUAGAGGGAGUGGGGUAUAGUGACACAUAGGGUAAAAGUAGGGGUACGAAGUAGGUUGUUAGAAAAGUAUUAAUUGAGGGCUUAGUAAGUAAUUUUUGACAGUUGCAGGAGUGGAGUCAUAUAGGGUGGGGGAUGAAAACCUGCUAAGAGUUUAAUUGAUAUGCUUUCUUGAAGUGAGUUUUUAGUGAUUUUUUUUUUUGAACGAGUGGAGACGAGGUGAAAUUCUUAUGGAGAAGGGAAGGGAGUUCCACAGAAGAGGUGCAGCCCUGGAAAAGUCUUGGAGGCGAGCGUUAGAGGUGGGAGUAUGGACAGAGGAUAUACGUAGGUCUUUGACAGAGCGCAGGGGCCUCGACGGGACAUACUUGUGUAUUAGGGAGGAUAGGUAGGUUGGAGCAGCAUUAUGUAGGGACUUGUACGCAAGCACCAGAAUUUUAAAUUGAGCCCUAUAUCUAACUGGAAGCCAAUGCAGGGACUGACAGAGCAGGGAGGCAUGAGAGGUGCGGGCAGACAGGAAAAUGAGCCUCGCUGCCGCAUUCAUUAUAGAUUGCAGCGGUGCAAUCUGGGAACACGUAAGACCACUGAGAAGAGUAUUGCAGUAGUCCAGGCGAGAGAGAACAAGAGCAUGGACCAGCACCUAACAUGGUGCUGUACCACUUUUAAGAGUCCAACCAUUUCCCAAAGUUUUUGACAGUCCUAUAGGUGCUCAUGCUUUGAAUCCUCUUCACAGAUCUAGCUAAAGUGAAACAAACAGCUGGAUGAUAUUGGUAUUGCUAGAGUAGAAAUGUUGAAAUAGGAACUUCCCCUUUCACAGCAUAUGUGAAGAGCGACUGGACCUCAGAAAGUGCAUGGAGUGUCCCAAUUUGGUUUCAAACUAUUUGAAUAUUUUUGAACUCCUUAAAUGAGACUGCACCAGAAUCUCCUGGAACCAUAACCACUACAGUGCACUGUAGUAGUUAUGGUGCUUGGUGUACACCUUUUAAAUGUAGAAAUCUACAUUGCUGUAUUUACCUGUAUUCUGGAACGGAGAGCCAUCUUGGCUUCCUGUCAAUCAUUGCUAUAAACUGGGCUUUCUGCACUUGCCAGUCAGCAUAGAGAGAGGAGAAAGUGGUAGAGGUUAACACAGUAAAGGAGUUUAAGCAUGCGUGGGAUAGGCAUAAGGCUAUCCUAACUAUAAGAUAAGGCCAGGGACUAAUGAAAGUAUUUAGAAAAUUGAGCAGACUAGAUGGGCCGAAUGGUUCUUAUCUGCCGUCACAUUCUAUGUUUCUAUGAAACAAAAUAGUGCUAAGAUCUCAAAGGAGAGGACUUGCCAGUGGAAUGUUCCUGCAUGCUUCACUAGUUUCCAUGGUGAUUGACUCACUUUUAGUACUUUGUACCAGUUUUUAGAACACAACACUUUGAUAUAUUUCUUCCAAUGUUUCUGUUUUCCUUAUCCAGUGCCCUGGCUGUGGUACUACUGAACUGUGUUGUGAUAUCAACUGCCCAAUAGUAAAUCUACAUUUUAAGACCUAACAGAACCACAAAAAAUAAAGUUGUUAUAAAUUGUAGAUGAUUAUCAGUGCUCCCCCUCAUGUUUUUCUUCAGAGAGUCAGUAUAUAAAUUAUAAAUAUGUGGGGGGGUUUUUCUUCAUUGAUAAUUACAUUUUAAUUAUAUACAAAAGUGUUAUAUAGGUUAUUAGCCUAUAUGGAAAAUGGAGCACGUAUAAGAAUGAAAUAAGCAUGCCUGAGUAGCUUACCCCUCUUUAGUGUAAUAAAGCUGGAGGUAUACCAGAGAAUGGAACAUCACAAAACACAAAAAGAGAAACAAUAGUGCAGAUGGUCCUUAUGUUUUGCGAAUGAGAACUGUAACAACUCACAUGGUCACGAGCCUGUAGGGAACUGGCUUAGUAGGAAUGGCAUUGAUGCUCUUAAAGGACCACUCUAGGCACCCAGACCACUUCAGCUUAAUGAAGUGGUCUGGGUGCCAGGUCCAGCUAGGGUUAACCCAUUUUUUCAUAAACAUAGCAGUUUCAGAGAAACUGCUGUUUAUGAAUGGGUUAAGCCUUCCCCCUAAUCCUCUAGUGGCUGUCUCAUUGACAGCCACUAGAGGCGCUUGCGUGCUUCUCACUGUGAUUUUCACAGUGAGGGCACGCCAGCGUCCAUAGGAAAGCAUUAUGAAUGCUUUCCUAUGUGACCGGCUGAAUGCGCAAGCAGCUCUUGCCGCGCGUGCACAUUCAGCCGACGGGGAGGAGAAGAGGAGGAUCGGAGGAGGAGAGCUCUCCGCCCAGCGCUGGAAAAAGGUAAGUUUUACCCCCUUUCCCCCUUCCAGAGCCGGGCGGGAGUGGGACCCUGAGGGUGGGGGCACCCUCAGGGCACUAUAGUGCCAGGAAAACGAGUAUGUUUUCCUGGCACUAUAGUGGUCCUUUAAAGGCAGCAUCACACCUCUCCUUGGAUAAGGAUAGAAUUACUCCAAAUAUGAGGAAUAAAGAAAGAUACACAAUAGUGUAGAUUGUCUAGGGCUUAUCCACUUAACAAAUAGAUGUUAAGCUCACCUUUGACAGAGCCUAAAAUCCUGGCUCUGAGGUAGAAAAACUUGGUUUCACUUUAUGGGGUGGCACAUCCUUUGUAGAUGCAUAUAGAAGCUGCAGGGCCAAACUGGACACCAGAUAAAUGCAAAUAAAACUAAUUCAUUCAAUAAAACCAUAAAAUGUUAUUCCCCAAGCUUCCUCAAGCAAAAGCGUUUUGGCAAGUCAAAGGAACUAUACCAGCUGGGACUGUGUAAAUAUUAUCCUUGUAUUUUAACAUUUUGUUUUAUUGAAUAAAUUAGUUUUAUUUGGAUUUAUGUGGUGUCCAGUUUGGUCCUGCAGCUUCUAUAUGUAUCUACAUGGGAUGUGUCACCCCAUAAAGUGACACUAAGCUUUCCUACCUCAGAGCCAGGAUUGUAGGCUCUGUCAAAGGUAAGCUUAACAUCUAGUUAUUUAUAAAGUGAAUAAGCACCAGACAAUCUACACUAUUGUGUGUCUUUCUUUUCCCCUCAUAUUUGGAGUACUUCUGUCCUAAUCCAGGGAGAGGUAUAAUGUUGCCAUUAAGAGCAUAAAAGGCAUUACCUACUGAGCCAGUUCCUUAUAGGCUCAUGUGAGUUGUUACAAUUAUCAUUCACAAAACCUAAUGGUGCACUAUUGUUUGUGUUUUAUGUUCCAUUCUCUGGUAUACCUCCAGCUUUAUUACACUAAAGAGGGGUAAGCUACUCAGGCAUGCUUAUUUCAGUCUUAUGGAUUAAGUGCUCCACUUUACAUAUAGGCUAAUAAUAUACAAAAGUGUUAUAUAGGUUGUUAUUCAGGUGUGGGAAGGGGGUAUUCCCACACAAUUAUUUCAUAGCUGCUUUUUUCACCAAAUUUAACAAGGAAAUGUGCGCAUAAAGCGCUUAUAGAUUAGUUUAGAGGAUCAUCUGUUUGUACGUUUAAAAUGUAUAUUUAUUUUGCAGCGCUGUACAACAGGACAACUAAACAUGAUUGUCAUACUGGAACAUUAUAACGUACAGGCAGUCUUCAACUUGAGUUCUGGUUUCCCCCUCCCUUUUAUCCAUGGAUUAAAACUCAAUUAUUAGGUCAAUUAAAGCUUUUACUGCAUCAUAAUGAACACUGGUCCACGUGUGCUUAAAAUUGCACUCAAACAUUAAAGGAGCACUAUAGUGCCAGGAAAACAAACUCGUUUUCCUGGACUAUAGGGUCAUUAGGUCUCCCGCUGGGCUGGGGAACUCUCCACCCCCUGCCGACGUCAGAUCUGCGCGCGCAUUCAAACAGCCCAUAGGAAAGCAUUACUCAAUGCUUUCCUGUGGAUGUCCAGUGAGACAGCCAUUAGAGGCUGGAUUAACCCUCAGUGAAAACAUCGCAGUUCUCUGAAACUGUUUUCAGCUGCAGGGUUAAAACUAGAGGGACCUGGCAUUCAGACUACUUCAUUGAGCUGAAGUGGUCUGGGUGCCUAUAGUGGUCCUUUAAAAAUCUGUUUUUGCUGUAAAUAUUCCUUCCUUUUAGAUUGUUCCCUUUUUUUUUUUUUUUUUUCUAGCACUGUGUAGUCUCGUUUGAACAGUUGCUCCUUCGCGGAGAUUGUCAGUCUGGAUCAUCGUUUGUUCAGUAGAGAAGCAUUCGGGGGACCUACUUGGGCAUGCGUGGUAGUAAACAAAAUCAGAUGCUUCUCGCUGAUUCCAUUCUUUGAAAUGUCAGUACGGAUAACCGAGCAUAGCUAAAAGUAAAUAAAGAAAAUCUCAUAAAGCCCUUAGUCAAAUUUAGUUAUUGAAUCCCGCAGGUGGUCACACACUUAAAAAAAAAAAAAAAAAAAAAUAUAUAUUUUUUUUUUUUUUUUUUUAUAAACGUCUCACUGUUUGUUAUAGAGCAGUCUAUGCACCAUAACUCCAAAAGCCCAUGUUAUUGUUCCAGAAGGCUACUGACUUAUUUUCCUGUUCUGUGUCAAAUGGUUUGACACAAACAAGUGAUCCACUAGCAGCCAAUAGCGAGGCCCCACGCUAGCACCAUGACCACUGCAAUGUGGUGUAGUUGCUGUGCUGACUAUCAUUAUUAUUUUAAAAUAAUCUACUAUUUUAAAUAAACGCUAGGUUGUAUUCACUAUUAGAUCAGGAACUUGUCUAGUUGACUGUUCUUUAGAAAUGAAAUUACUGUUAGUGUGAACUCAUCACUCUCACCCACACUUGUUUGUUGUCUCCUUCCGUCCUUUUAUACUCCAUCCAAUAUUGUGUCCUGCUUAUUGCUUGGGAAAAAUCCCUGCAUUAUUCUUUCUGUUGGUUGGAGAGCAUAUUGGAUGAUAGUCAAAAUCCAGUGACAGGAGUACAUUAAUUUGGAAAUUAGUCCUCUGCUGAAAUCUAAGUUGUUUUCUUUUUAAGUAUUGCAUUCCCAAAUAUAUUGGUGUACAUUCCUAUCCCUUGAUAUAAAUGGAGCCAUCUCAAAUGGCAUGUUAUAUGUGCCAUGGGAUUUGCAGCAGGAAUAAACUUCAACUAUCAAUUUCCUACUGUAAAACCGCAGUUUUGCAGUACACUUGCUAUGAGACACUGGGCAACCUGUUAAUAAAAAUAUUGGUUUUAUGAUUUACUAUUAACAUAUCAAAUCCAGUUAUUGAUUGAAAGCACAAAGUAAUGCAUAAUAAAUUAUCUCAGUUUGUUUCCUCCUUACCCUUUAAGGUAAUUUUCCCACACUUAAUGUAUAUAACCCAUGAUUUGCUCCUUAUUUCAAUUGGCAGAUUGUAUUUCAUAAACUGCUCUGCACAUAACCAUUAUACAUGCAUUAGAAAAACAUAUUCUGACCGAUAAUUACACUAUAUGUGGGGUUCGUUAUUCCUAGUCGUGCCCCCUGCCCCUCAAAACAAAAACCACAUUGUAAUUUUGUAAUAGGCUUCAGAAAUAGAAUUUAUAUCUCUUUUGGAAUGCCACGUCCUAUACCUAUGUUACAAUGAACUACUCCAUUAAUACCACAUCUUGUCUUUGUCCUUAGAUGAUCUUGCCCCAGUAGUUGACCGUUUUGUUCAUAUAGUUUACUUGUUACUAAUUUUAGUAAUGUCUAAAAUCAAGCAUUCUCUUGUCUCCCAGCUUCUUGCUGUCAGGUGGGGAGUUGCAAUUAAAAUUCAUGUUAAUAAUUUAUAAUGCUUAGAUAAAGCCGGUGGGAAUUCUUUAAACGGAACUAUUCCUGGCGAUUGCACGAUAGCUAAGCCAAUCAUAUCAUGGUCUUGAUAAAUGAUUCCACAUUUCCAAGAACUCCAGGAUCACAGGGUAUUGCCACCAAACAUGUACCAAUUGUGUCUCUCUCCAGUUAAUACUUUCCAAUUGGUGGAGGAAAUAAUUUGUGUAUAUAUGUGGGAUAGUUUAAUCUGAACCAGGUACCAUUGGAGCAUUUUAAUAAAGUUUAUCUCAAUGUCAUUAGUGCUUUCAGAGCCCUCCGCAGAUUGGGACAUUCCUACAGAGGAAGAAAGAAAACUCUCUUCCUCACGUUGUAUCAUUUAUUAAACUUUGUGGAUAAAGCAGGUGUAGUUACUUGUAUAGCUUACCUGGAGUGAUUUGGACCCUAAUGGAUUGAGUGUGCAUUUUGAUGUGAGUUUUUAAUAUCUAAGCAUCCCUCUUCGCUCUGUGGUAUCCUUUAAAGGGACUUGACAAAGGCCUGAAUGAAUGCUAUCAAAUGCCUUCUCCGCAUCUAAGGAAAGUAUCAAAAAUUGUAAAUUUGAGUGGAAAUUGUGUUGGCUAUAUUAUCUAACCCAGACAAUUGAAAUGAAGGGGUCUGGAUGGCUAUAGACUUCCUUUAAAGCUAGCAUUUUACCCACCACCUACUAUUACUAUACCAACCAUACCCCUAACCCCAAGUUUACAACAACUCUAACUAAAUACCUGUCCUAGCCUUGCCAUAAUCCUACACUAUUCAUAACCUUAAAACUGCAUUAAAGGAACAGGAGGUCACCAGGUGCACUCUUACCUCAAAGGGUUUUUGUUAAAUGGUUUAACCCCAAAGUAAUCCUCCAGUGCUGGUCUCAACUAUCCCCCAAGAGACAUUCAGUUUCUGAAAUUUCAGCUUUCAUCCGAUCCGUGACUCCCUAGGUUAGGGUUAAGAUAAGGUAAGUGGCGCCGCUGACUGGUCAGUGACUCCCCAUUCAUAAAACUAGUGUGAAACAAACUUACCGUUUCCAAACUAGUUUUAUGAAUGGUGAGUCACUUAACAGUCAGGGGCUCCACUUACCUCUUCCUAACCCUAAGUCUAGGAAAAUAACUCUUAUAUCAGUACUGGUGCUCUCUUGUCUAAGGCUAUCCACCAAAAUGUUGGGGGUUUCUAAUUUUUCUAUUUUUGAUUCGGUAUGUAUUUUUUGUUGUUGAUUUUGUGUGUGUGUGUGUGUGUGUGUGUGUGUGUGUGUUUUUUUUUUAAUGUAGUUUAUUUUAUGAUGCAGGUAUCGCACAGUUUAUACCAUUGUAUGUGUCACAUAUAAUGGAGAUUGCCCGUAACUAAAUAUAAAUGCUUUAAAUUUCUCAGUUUGAUCUAGAUAUUCAUGCAGAGUCCGGGGACUUCAGUCUUUGUUUUAAUAAAUCUUUGAUGUUUAUUGAAUACUUGACAUAAAGUUGUUUACAUUUCUAAAUUGUUGAUUUUUCUUGUUAGGUGUGCUCCUUUUGUAUUACAAAAAUAUCAGUGCUAAUAGAUGGACUCCCUAGUGAAAACAGACAGUGGCAGCAUACCACUCUCUCCAGUUUUAAACAUGACUAGGUUAUUAUACCUGUAAUGCUGAAAAUCAGGUAUGCCGAUUACACUGUAAAUGGUGUUGGGCAGCACGCAAAGCCCAGCACCAAUCACAGUAGUCAUAGGGUCAUGCCUGGAGACUCUGCCGUGGUGUUCUCAAUUAAUUUAUGGGGUUACAUGGAGCGCUUCUUUUGAGUGCUGCAUACAGCUGAUUAGUCAGCCUGGGUCCAGUAAAUGUGACUCCAGUUGACAGAAGUGAGACCCAGUCUUACACCACAUUGCAGUCAAUAUUGUUUUAACUCCCAUUUCAAGUGCUCACAAGCGCUGCAUACAACUAAUUGGUCAGCUGACAAAGGGGAUACUCAUUUGAUACCUGGUCUUCCCUGGUGUGAGCAGGUAUUUAAUACUGCCAACACCAAACUUUUAUGACAUGUCAGUAUGUUCUAGUGGUGUUUAAAGCCCAGUAUCGUUGAUAAUGACAUGACUUAAAGUUGUCAAGUGGUUAAGCAAUUUAUUUUUAUUGAUGAGUAGGUCCUGAGGGAUUCCUUCAGGUGACAUAAAAGCUAGUUUUGAAGGUACACAAAAAAAUUUGUGGUUGAGACGAAUUCUCUUAUGCAAAUAUUAUUUCUUCUACAGUGGCCUUCAAAGUCCACAAUCUUAUUGGCGAGCACAUAUAUAUGGAACUUCAUCUCUUUGAGUUUGUCAACCAGGUUGUUGUAAGCAUGCAUGGUAGCAUGUUACUCUAUACUUUCUUGAAAAAUGUAGUCUUCUUUUAUAAAAAUGGAGAAGCUCCAAUAUAUGUUGAGUUGUUAGCUGUAAUAGCAUUAUCAUCCGAGGACUCCGUUCUGACUAUUCAGGGCUAUGUUCCGGCUACCCUGGAGUGGACAAUAAAGGGUGUUUUUGUUUAGACGUUUGCCAAUAUUUGGAGCGAUUAUAUAAUUUUUCACAUGAACAUUACAUGUAGUGUGUAUAUAUAUGCCAGUGCACUGUGAUAUUAUUGUAUUUUAACAGUUAACAAUCUAGCAUCACAUAUCUGCAUGGUGGUGGUACCCAAAAAAAGCAUAGAGGUCUCCAAUGAGGACUUACUGCCUUCACAUAUAUUGAAGCAUCUUCUGUCAGUAAAAUCACUUAAUUGGCGCAGGAGUGGAAAGGCCUUCAAGGGAUGUACCUACUGUGCAAGGUUCAUUAUUUGAAUUUCACAUUUUCAUGCACCUGAGGUGCUUAGACUUUCAGUGUAAAGCUUCCAACAUAUAGAAGUUCACUCAUGGUAACCAAAGAUUAGACUGGACUCUGGAAAGACAUCAAUUUUUAAUCUCCCAGUUAAACGCUCACAUUGCCAGAUUGAAACAGCCGAUUAGAAAUAAAGACACCUAAAACUAAAAUAAUAGUUUGAAAUCGCCAUUUGGUGGUGGUACUUGCGUUAUGGCUUUAUCUUUCUUAGUCUAUCAUUCCUGUUUUAUACGUUGUUGUUCAUAUUUAUUAGUCUAGUUUCCAAGAUAACAUGCCCCACACUAUUAAAAAUACAGCUGCUCUUGGCUGCAAUGCAACACCUUUACUACAACCAAUGAGCUAAGUUAAUGAUAACCCAGUACUCUUUCUUGUAGCUUCUCAAAGGAAAAAGCAUUAACACAUUUGGAAAUGAACAGUAAUUUGGAAAUGAACAUCUUGACAGAUGGUAGAAAAUGCAAUGCUUCUGCCAGCAGCGAACACCAUUUGAGUCAUCAUCACACAUACUAGUAGAGCAGAUGGAGUUGUUGGGUAGAAAAUGCUACUUGUACCAAAUCCUAUUUUUUUUGUACAUUUUUAUUUAAUUGUACAAUUUAAAACCUAGUUUUAUGUACCUAUUGUGUUUGUUUUGUUUUUUGAAGGGUUGGGUUGUUUUUAGUAAAAAAAAUAUAUAUAAAAAUAAGAUGUAUUUAUAUUUUUGUUUUUCAAUCUCUCUCAAAGUGGCAUUUAGUGCACCCACAUAAGUUGGGUUGCAAUUGUAAUUUACGCACACUUACCUGGGGUAAAUUUUCUACUCACCAGGGAUAAAUUUUCACUUGCCAAAGGCUUGUGGAGAGUGGAAAUUUUGUGCGUUCUACGUGUAUAUAAUAUAGAAUUUCUACAAGCCAUUGGCGAGUGAAAAUAUAAUUCUGGCGGUUUCAAAUACACCCCAGUGGGUAUGCAAAGACUUACAAUAGUAAAUAGCUUUUAAGCUCUUGCUAGUAGCAUUUCAAAUAUAAGGCCCUAUGUGUGUUUGUGUGAAUUGCUUAACUUUUGCUACUAGCCAGGCCGUAAAAGUUACUUGCAAUGCAAGCCAUUUAAUUUUAACAUGCCAGGGUACAUUUUCACUUGCCAAUGAGUAGUGGCAAGUGGUAAUUUUGAGCUACGUUUGUAUGUGUGUGUGAACUUACGACUGCUAUAGCAACCACAAUCAUUUUUAGGUUUAAUACCUCCACCUUACCAACUGAUGCGUCUUCAUGCUGAAGCUGAUUUCAUUGGCAUCCCAUCAGUGGCAAAAUAGUGUGAAGUCGCUCUACAUUCCUGUAUUCCUUUGACCAAGCAUGGGGCACAUAAUUAGAUUGUAACCUGCAUGCUCUGUAGUUGGCGAGAUGAAAAGCAGGAGAACCACUUGUGGAGGGAUCUCCUGCUUUCCAUAGUGAGCAUAGACCUCUGAUGGGUAAAUACUUGUUCACAGGACCUUAAUAUUCUUUUUACGCUGUCAAUUCUGGAAGCACAAUGUAUAGAUGUAGUUUUUACCUAUAUUAAAAAUAUGUAUUUAAUAACUGCUACACUUCUUAAUAGAUAACCAUCAAGGUAUUUUGUGUUUUCAACUCCCAUUUAAAAAAGAAAAAGUAACAUUGCCAGUAUAUUUAAAUCCACAUGUGUAAUCUUAUAGUUGUAGGAAACAAUGGGUAAUGAGAGGUUUAGUCUAUUGAGCAAGAAAUUGCAAUAAUGUGUGUUAUGUGUAAAUUUAAACCAGGCUACCAGAUUGCUAAAACCAACCUGUUGCAAACUACCCUACAAACUAAUUUUCCCAUAGUUUUUUAGUUUGGAAAUUCUGAGUGGAAAGCUAAUUCCUGUACAACCCAAAGUUUCUUCCUUUUUGUUACCCACAUAGAUGAAGGGUUGACAGAUGUUUGUUGAAUGUAGGAGCCAGACUGACCAUACUCAGGAAAAAAUAAUGUGCUCUCUGUACCAAAUCUAUUAAUACGUGAGGGCUUGGUACAGUAAAGUGGACAAAGAAUGUAAACUCUCCUAGCAUUAUGAAGGCGCCUCCUGGAAGAUAUUUGUCUUUUGUCCUUUUUUUUUUAAUUGAAGAUGAGCUAUUCAGAAUCCAUGUGUUGGAGCAAGUCUCUGUUUAUGUGAAAGCUUUUGACAAAAUAGAAUGCUAGGUGGAUAUGAACGCAGUGUUUAAUUGUUUAAAUUUUUGUAAUUUUUACAAAAAAAAUCUAUAGAUAUCUUUUGGGUUGCCAUUAUGAACACAUAUCCUCAUUUAAAAACUAAACUGGUGUGUGUGUGUGUGUGUACACAUAAUUUUAAAAAAUUAUUUAUUAUUAAAUGUACACAACAUGGGUGGCAUCACAUUCCUCUUUUUUCGCAGUCCAUCUACAUUUUCUUUUUCUGGAGAUGGCCAGGAAAGGAGGAUAAAUGUUUUUUUUUGGUUGUUGGGUUCCCCAUAUUUAAGAUACUUUUUACGUGAACCUAUCAAUUGUUACAUUACUUUCUGAAUUUACCAACUAUUUGUCUGCUGGAAUUAUGUUUGGGUUUGUGGGCUGCUAAAUAGUAUAAAGCCCUCCCCAUCCCCCAUUCUGUCCCCGGCUGUUGGAUUGGCUUGCUUUGGAACUCUUCCUCAAGAAUGGCACCCCUUCCUAGUGUUGCUGAUUUGCUCACUUUAUUGCCAACACGUUGGUGUCUAAUCAAAGUGAUGUUAAAGGGAAAAAAAAACACUUGGUUUUCAGUGAAUACUAUUCUACCUACUUACUCUUCCACCCCUACUCUUACCUUUUGUCUUUACCUUUACCUUUACCCCACUCCCUCUAGCAUGUAAGCUCAUUGAGCAGGGCACUCAACCCCUCUGUUCCUGUGCGUCCAACUCGUCUUGUUAGUCCACCCAUUGUACAGCACUGCGGAAUUUGUUGGUGCUAUAUAAAUAAUAUAUUAAUGGAAAUCGCUUUUAUUUCUCCCUUCAGUCCGUCCUUCGGCAUAGAAGUUUAUGCCGAAGAAUUGAUUGACAGGUGAGAGAGGGGCCUAUUUCCUCUUAAUUUUAUGCUCUUGCCAGCACAAUGGGUGGCUUUUUUUUUUUUUUUUACCAUGACAGUUACACUUUAAUGUUACAGGUCAGCAAGCUGCUCUAUGUGCUGCAGACAAAAUAUUAUUUUCCAGUUCGGCAUAAGCGCUUCCAAGUGACGCAGCCACUGUAGUUACUUGCCGUCUCUCUGGGAGUUUGGUGUAUUAAGAGAUGCCAUUAGGGAAAAUGUAGAAUUCUUGUUCUGCAGCUCUAAUGAAAUGCAUGUAGUUUGUAAUGUAAUUCAAAUGCUUUAAGAAAAUUCUUGCGGUCAGCUUUACUUGUGUGUUUAUUGCUGCUUUUAGAUAAACUGGAAUCUAUAAUUGAAUCUAUGUUGCUUACACAAAUCUAACUAUAGAAUAAAUGUUUAAUCAGUAGCUGCGGGUUCUUCCACACCGUUAUACCUUUUUGUUUUAAAGCUGGGAGGCAACAGCAGAGUAUGUUAAUAUUUAGUUACAUUACUGUGGCAGAAUUAGUUCACUGUAGUUACAGUGCAGUCCAAUCAUUUUUAUUUUAAAUAGCCCAGGAAAACUGAAGCUAAACUACAUUUUAUACAGACCCCAGCUUCACACGUUGCCAGCACCAUACUGAACUACUACGAAACACAUAGAAUGUUUACUCUUGGUUUUGUCUUUUAUUAGUAUUAUUAUAUAAAUAAUGAAAUGUAUUGUUGUUCCGCUGCAUUCUCUUCAACUUCUGGCGCUUCAGUUGCCCGGAGCCAACAACUGCUUUGUACUCACACGUGCGUGAGUACCGCGAGAUUGUGGGAUCCUCCAUAGAAAAAUGCUUAAUUUUUCUACAGCUGUCACUAGUGGUAGCUCUACCUUUUGUCAAGCAUAGUAAAAAAAAUAGUGGUGGCAGUGCCGCAUUAACACUGCUGUUUCCCAUCUUCAGACAGCAAUUUAAUGAGUUAUUUUAGUUUCAAAUAACACGUUUUUUUCUGUUAUGGUCAAGUAGUAUAUUACAGUAGUCCAAAAGUGUGUGUGUGUUUUUUUUUUUUUUUAAAUAAAUAUAUAUAACAGCUGACUAAUUUACAUGCUAAUGUCAUAGUUGAAUGCCUUCUUCCAACGAGGAUACCCUGAAAACUCAGGAACACUACUGAGUGGAUUUAUUCAAAACAUCCAAGUGGAUAACUUGGGAAUGUUCCAACACUAAACCAUGGCUUUGUCAAGCUCAAAUGAAAUACCAACCCAGUCAAUGAAACUGUAUCUUCAUGAAAUAAGUAGAAGUGAUAUAGCUGCAUAAGUCGAGGCUUUCAUUAAUUGCGAGCAACGAUGAGCUUAUUACUGAAGUACUAGUGUCCACGGAUCCAUUGCUGCUUCAGAUUAGACAACCUAUAUUUUUUUUUAUGUAUCUAUUUUUUUUAUUUUAUUUUUUUUGUUGCAUUGUGUGCAGGGGGGAAGGAUAUUCUUGUGUAUAUGACUGAAUUCCCAACCAUGAUAUAUACAGGUUUAUUUACUAAAAUAAGAAUGGUCAGGAAAGUAAAGUGAGUUUUUUUAGAUUAAUAUAACUACCUAGAGACAUAACAGAUUCCAAUUUUUCCAAUUAAACUAUUUCGGCUAUAAACUUGACAUUUUUGUUGAAUUCUUCAAUUCUCACUUUUCUAAAUAACCCUGUUUAUGUGCAUAUUGCUUUUAUAUAGUGAAUGAUCCAUGCAUGCCUUAAUUUCCGAUCUUCUGUAAAAACAUUUUUUUUUUUUUUUAAAUAUUAGGAGUUGAUCAUUCCAGAGCGCUACCUAAGGUUUUUAAUUAACUUUUUAAUUUUUUUAUUUAUUUAUUUUUGUUCUUCUCAAAAAGUAGCUACAAAGAUACUUAGAUAAAGGAUACACUGACAUAACAUGUUUACAGAAGUGCAAAAACAGAUAAAUAUGCUACCUUAAAGGACCACUCUAGGCACCCAGACCACUUCAGCUUAAUGAAGUGGUCUGGGUGCCUGGUCCAGCCAGUGUUAACCCAUUUUUUCAUAAACAUAGCAGUUUCAGAGAAACUGCUAUGUUUAUGAAUGGGUUAAGCCUUCCCCUAUUUCCUCUAGUGGCUGUCUCAUUGACAGCCACUAGAGGCGCUUGCGUGCUUCUCACUGUGAUUUUCACAGUGAGAGCACGCCAGCGUCCAUAGGGAAGCAUUGUAAAGCCGGCGGGGAGGAGAAGAGGAGGAUCGGAGGAGGAGAGCUCUCCGCCCAGCGCUGGAAAAAGAUAAGAUUUAACCCCUUUCCCCCUUCCAGAGCUGGGCGGGAUGGGGACCCUGAGGGUGGGGGCACCCUCAGGGCACUAUAGUGCCAGGAAAACGAGUAUGUUUUCCUGGCACUAUAGUGGUCCUUUUAAGGGUUGUGAUUUCAGGCAAAGCAUGGAGUGUUUGCUCAGCUAAAAACCACAGCAAAUUGUGCUGCAUUCAAGUUUUGGGCAAUUUUUGUUCAGUUGUUUUGAUAUUUUAAUAUGUUGAAAAAAAUAUGAAAAGUUUAUCCAAAAAUAUUAAAUCAUUUUGAAAUGCUUACCCAACAAUAUUAAAGGAUCACUAUAGUUUCAGGAAAACAAAGCGGUUUUCCUGACACUAUAGUGCCCUGAGGGUGCCCCCACCCGUGGCACUGAAGGGAUUGGUGACCUCUCCUCCCCCGCCGACGUCAACGCCCGAGUGGAGCGGAAUGCACAUGCGCGGCAAUGCUUUCCUAUGGACGAACAUUUGCAUCCAGUGUCGCAGUUGCGCCUCUAGCGGCUGUCAGGAAGACAGCCACUAGAGGUUGGCUUAACCCCUAAGCCAGUUUCUCUGAAUCUGCUAUGUUUACAUCUGAAGGGUUAAAACCUGAGGGACCUGGCACCCAGACCACUUCAUUGAGCUGAAGUGGUCUGGGUGACUAUAGUGUCGCUUUAAAUUGAGACCUUUGUAAGAAACCAUGUCUUCUCACCAGAUUUCCAAAAAAAUAAUAAAAUAGAGGUCCAGGCACUCCUUGGUUCAAGACAGAUACUUUAUUAAGAACCACAGCAGCAACGUUUCGACCCCAAAAGGUCUUUGUGAAGCUGAUACAUACAUCAAUUUUAUAAUAUAUAUAUAUAUAUAUAUAUAUAUAUAUAUAUAUAUCUAUAUCUCUCUCAAACUUUAAACAAUCACAAUUAUGAAAUACACUUGUGAAUCGGUAUCCUAAGCAAGUAGUUUAACAGCUGAAAGUAGUAUACUACUUAUCAGCAAUACUUAAUUAAUUGCAUUAAUUAGAAAGGGAAUCUAAUACUUAAUUGCCAAAAACAAACGAGCUUUGAAAGACUUAUUAAUUUGUUGAUACAGGAAAAAGAAUUGUAUACAUUUAUUUUAUAUGGAUACUGUCGUAAGAAAUGUGUGUGUGUGUGUGUGUGUGUAUAUAUAUAUAUAUCUCUAUAUAUCUCUAUCUAUAUCUCUAUCUAUAUAUAUCUCUAUCUAUAUAUAUCUCUAUAUAUAUAUCUCUAUAUAUAUCUCUAUAUAUAUCUCUAUAUAUAUCUCUAUAUAUAUCUCUAUAUAUAUAUAUAUAAUCUCUCUCUCUAUAUAUAUAUAUAUAUAUAUAUAUAUAUAUAUAUAUAUAUAUAUAUAUAUAUAUAUAUAUAUAUAUAUAUAUAUAUAUAUAUAUAUAUAUAUAUAUAUAUAUAUAUCUCUUUAAUGACAGGCUAAUAAACAUGCUAAGGGAACAUAUCUAGAUCGGGCUUGGAAUGUAGUCUUGUAAAACAGGUAAAAUAUCUAGACCGUAAAUAACUACUGAGAAUACCAGUAACGCUUGCUGGGGCAGCCUGCAACCACAGACAUGAGUGUAUGCUUAAAGGACCACUAUAGUGCCAGGAAAACAUACUCGUUUUUCUGGCACUAUAGUGCCCUGAGGGUGCCCCCACCCUCAGGGACCCCCUCCCGCCCAGCUCUGGAAGGGGUAAAGGGGUUAAAACUUACCUUUUUCCAGCGCUGGGCGGGGAGCUCUCCUCCUCUUCUCCUCCUCUUCUCCUCCUCCUGGGCUGAAUGCGCACGCGCGGCAAGAGCUGCGCGCGCAUUCAGCCCGUCGCAUAAGAAAGCAUUUACAAUGCUUUCCUAUGGACGCUUGCGUGCUCUCAAUGUGAAAAUCAGUGAGAAGCACGCAAGCGCCUCUAGUGGCUGUCAAUGAGACAGCCACUAGAGGAUUAGGGGGAAGGCUUAACCCAUUCAUAAACAUAGCAGUUUCUCUGAAACUGCUAUGUUUAUAAAAAAACGGGUUAACCCUAGCUGGACCUGGCACCCAGACCACUUCAUUAAGCUGAAGUGGUCUGGGUGCCUAGAGUGGUCCUUUAAUAAUUGUAUUACGGGUAAGCAUGGUUAUAGAAACACAACUAGGAGUGCAGGAAUUCCUGGCUUGCCCAAAGUGCAACUCGUAAUUUGCGUGGAGCAGAGAAGAGCUGAGCAAGUGAAAUAAACAGAACAGAGGCCUAUCACCCUGUAUAUAACAUAGUGUGCCAUGAGUUGCGCUAAACAAGAAUGGGGUGUAGCCUACAAGACAAGCCUGACCAGCGUGAGAUCCAUUCAGCCAAUACCCCGACUGGGCUCCUCUCUUUCAGGUAUGUGUGGGUGAUGUGAGAGGGCCCUUGUGAGGAAUCUCCUUGGCCCCAGGCAAAUUGCAGAGCCGGUACCGCCAUGUCACAAGCUCGGUAGCUACCAGAGUCCACGUCUCUCCCAUCCGGAAGGAUGCAGGUGGUCCUGUGUGCUUUGCGCUGUGGUCGCUGAGUAGACUUCGGUCUCUUUCGCCGGCGUGGCUUGUGCCUUGGGGUUGCUCCCUGGGUGGUUCUAGGCCCAGGUAGGCGUAGCGCAGAGUUGGCUGCUUUCUUGCAUGUCGAGUCGCUUAUGGAGUGCUCCGCAGGCCUCUUCUCACACAGCUUCCACUCUUUAGUCAGUGGGACUUGGUUAGCUGUCGCCAGCUUCAUCCGCUCCUCCAAAACAGCCCAGAAUCGGUUGAGUAUCUCUUCUAGUUUUCUCACGCUGCUAUGGGACCGAUUAGUUCCAAGGAGUGCCGCUUCCCGCGACGCUGCAUUACAUGCCUCCGCCAUUUUGUUCACUGCCGCACACCUCCUUCAGUAGAGCCUCUGAUUAAACGUCUGUGGCUCCGUGUGCCCUGAUGUUAAGCUCAGCAGGGACCGGGAUAACCCCCGCCGGUCCAGAGGUGGGGGGGGGGAGAAGCGGGUGCCCAACCACUUCUGUUUGCUUGGUCAGCGGGAGAUCGGCCGCGUCUCCCGCCAAAAGUCGUGAAAUAGGCCGUCGGAAGCUUUAGCGCCUCUAUGGCGCAUAAAAGUGUCGGGUUUUCUCUCUGUGAGGGGUCCCUGCACUCUCGGUUCGGUGUGUGCCGGUAUGUACUCUGAUCAGCAGGAGUAUCACCCUAUUUGAGGCAGGUAGGAUUAACAAGAUUGAGGAGCUCACUCAACCUGCAUCUGGCUCGUUCGGCGGUCAGGCCCAGCCCCCCUAUAUAUUAUUUUUAUAUGGAUACUCAAAAACAUCCAAGUGUAUAUAGGACAUAAAAUACACAUAUACACAAUAUUAAGAUAAGACCAGAAUAUACGAUUACAGAAAUUUCCACUAUCGAUUAGAAAUCCUUGAUCAAAAUCACGAAGUAUUGCUAUUAAGUAUCCUUAACACAGAAAAGUGUAUAUAGAAAAAUGACCUUAAAUAGGCUAUAACGACUCAUUUGGAGUCGAAGUGUAUAUAAUAUCUGCAUAAUGACUGUUGGACGGCACUGCUGAUUUUUGCAUGCCAAAUUAUUGAUUAUUGUAAACUGACUUUUUCAUGCCCCACCUAUUCUUCUUCUUUUAUUGGCGGGGUUAUUCUUAGUUUGCUUGAUCCUCUUAUAGCAAUAUUUGUGUGUGUGUGUAUAUAUGUAUGUAUGUAUGUAUGUAUGUAUGUAUGUAUAUAUAUACCCAGACUCAGAAUUGCAGUAAUUAAGCAUUCUCAUGCGGUUAUGUAAAUGUUGGUUUUGGAAUUUCAAAUGUUGUUUACUGCAAUUUUGGAUGUGUUCUAACACAAGGACAGCCAUCGCCUGCCCUCAUUAUAGAUGCAGAGAAAGGCAUACUCCUGGACAGGAAAGUAUUUUGGCCUGGACCCGGGAAGACUAAUUGGAGGGCAAGAUUUACAGCUCCCUUAUUUCCCCAACACUGCACGCCAGGUACUAUCCAGCAUAACUGCAGCCCUUCUCUUCUCUCGAAAGAUACACAUGAAUGUAAUAAAAUAUAUGUAGAGUGAGCACAUAACCUUGACAGUGCCACCCAAAACCUAAACAUGCCAUUGCUUAUGGGCUGCUGGUUGGCUGUUCAUCUAAAACACAUUGCAUAAAUGCAUACAAUGCUGCACCAAUGCUAUUUUAAUUUGAAGCUAAAAAAUACCCUGCUCCAUAUACAAAUUGUAUAUAGAACGGUGUGCUGUUUUAUGUAAAUGUGCAGAUGCUUAAAAGUUAAGGCUAUAUGAAUCCCAAGGAAAAUGCAGUACAUUUAGUGUGAUAUAUGAAUUCAUCAUCAUUUGUGAGAAGAGAGAUAUCAUAACAUAUUGUUUAGUGUGGAGUUUAGGCAUUUUGUCAACAUACCGCCAUGUACUUCAUAUCCACUUAAUAUAUAACAAUUCAGUGGUUAUGUGGUUUGUAUUACAUUUGAUGUUAACAUAAGACAUGCAAUGUUGCCAGAUCUGGAAAGUUGUUCUUCGACUGAAAAUUAACUUUUAGAUUUGAUAUCAUCAUUCAGUGUUUCAGGGCUGCAUCCGUGGGGUGGGAAAAUGCCUUAGAAUACUGACAAUUAAAGGAUCCGUAGAGAGAACACGCUUCUUAAGGGGUUUUCAUUAGUUGGCAAAACACUACUACUCCAGCCCCUGGGAAACUGCUACUUCUAAAGAUAUGACUUGGUAUCUGGCAAGCUACUGACUUGGGUUAAAGGUCAGUGUCUGGGGAUUCCCACUGACCUUUUUCUAGUGCUUUUGACAUGACUGCAGCCAAUUUUAACUCCUGGAGAGCUGACAUGCGGAUUGAAGCAGAUUGAAGGGGAAUAUAAUAACCAUUUUUUUUCCCCGCUCUUAAAUGCAGCUACACACAUUUGGGAAAUGUAAUAAUUUUGUUUAUUAAGGAAUAAGUUCUCCUUCACACGUGUGUUUUUGUGUAUGUAAGAAAAGACUUGGCAAUUAUCCAAAAACUAAAAAAGACAAGCUUAGUGGCAAAACAAUUUUUAAUAGUUCCGGAUAUUUUGUGGUAUUAGUUUCGUAUUAUUUUAGCAGACAGAGUAGGACCUGCCAAAGAUGGGGUACAUUGGCGUUGUGGCAGGCUUAUGCAAUGUAUGAUCAUAUACUGUAACUAAACCCCCAUUCAAUUUUUUUUGCCUAGAUUAGGUGUUUUUAAUAAAACUGAAAAAUGUUCAGCACUAAAAUGACUGUUUAGUAGAUAAGCGAGUGCGCUGGAUUUUCAUUUUUACUGUACUUAUUGGCCCCCAGCAGCACCCUAAUUUAGCAUGUGUAGGUGAGUGCAGCCAAACCCUUAUUUUCUCAUUAUUUUUGUAUAACACCCAGUUCAUCGUUCUACUUCUCCUGCUGCCUUUCGCUAUAUAUUUUUAGUAAGUGUGUAUGAUUAAAGAAAAGAUAGAUAAAUAAAAAAAAAUAUAUAUAUAUAUAAUAUAUAUAUUCCAUAGCAUACACACCAGGGGUAACUAAAUUUUCACUAGCCAAUGGCGAGUGGAACAUAUGAUAUCAAAUAUAUAAAGUGUGUGUGUGUUUCUGACAGAGUUUUUGUUGACUUUGUACUGUUUAACGUUAGAUGUUUACUAUGUGAAUUUAAAACAAUAUACUCAUUGAACCCUGAACUAAACAAAACGUGUACGAUUUAUUUAUGUUUUUAAAUUGCUUUUGUUUGAUCUCUUGAGACAGUUUAGAAAUUCAGGUUUCCUAGCACGGAUGUCAUAAACCAUGCUAAUACAAAAAGAGAGAUGUAUGGUUUUGAAGGAAUUAUCUAUGAAAUGACAUAAUAGCAUAAGCCCUUAAAGGAACCCUUUCUUGUAUAUACGGUUCUACCUGUGCACAUUAUAUAAAAAGCAAUAAAUACAUUGUUUCAGUUUUGUCUCUGAGAGACAUGAGUUUUGUUAGUGUAGUUUAGGAGCAAUGGAAAAAUAAGCCGUAAUCAUGGCAACAAAAACCUGUCCGUAAUAAAUGGCCACAAAACAAUUACAUUUGUAAUUUCAGCCUCUGGGUUAGGAGUGAAGACUAUCAGGAAAAACUUUUUUUCUUUUUUCUUUCAGGUGAGUUGUAUACUUCAACAAUCAAUGUGUUUUUGAAAUUGUCUCAUUUAUUGUUAAAUCUCCCCUCCAAUAAUAUUGUAAAGCACUACGGAAUUUGUUGGCGUUGUAUAAAUGUCAAUAAUUAUAAUUGAGAAAAGAAGCCUUUGGCAGCCAUGGGGACAUUACCAUCCUGUCCUAAUACAGUGUCCUCUUAUGAAAUAGGCACUUUAAUAAAACAAAAGUAAGGGCAAAAUCUUAAACAAUCCCUAAAGCACUUUAGCAAGCAAGUGCUUAAGGGGUCUGGAGUAACUAUUUUAAUGAGAAUAAAUGCUUUUUUUUAUUACUAUUAAAAAAAGCAGGAUGAUUAAAAGAAAAAAAUAAUGUACUUUCUUUUAUGCAGAUUUAUGAAGUUUUUAAAAAUUAGGACUACCUGUUUUCAUGUACCAGACAUAUCGAGACCUUGUAGCUCAAGUAUCAAAAAUUGAAGAAGCUACUUUAGUUGAUGUAUUGAAUACGCUGUACUUUUAUCAAGCAUGCUACUACUAUUCACACUGCAUUUUAUGUUGCCAUUGUAACAAAAUACUUAAAAAUAAUAAAAAUUAUAUUUUCUUUAAUUUUUUUUUAUUUUUAGGAGUGAUUCAUUCUGCAAUUUAUUUAUCAAUUUUUGACAAUAAUUUCCUCCUCCCCCCCACAAUACAGGAGGAAACAUGCUUACAAAAAUUCUCAAAAUGUUACAUGUCUAGCAGUUCUGCACAGUAUUUUAAACUUUAAAAACCGUUAAUAAAAUAACAUGGGUAUGCUUUUAAAGGACCACUAUAGUGCCAUGAGGGUGCCCCCACCCUCAGGGUCCCACUCCCGCCAGGCUCUAGGGGGAGGAAGGGGCUAAACUUACCUCUUUCUCCAGCGCCGGGCGAGGAGCUCUCCUCAUCCUUCUCUUCCCUCUUCUUCCGUCACCGGCUGAAUGCGCAUGCGCGGCAAGAGCCGCGCACGCAUUCAGCCAGUCCAUAGGAAAGCAUUAUCAAUGCUUUCCUAUGGACGCUGGCGUCUUCUCACUGUGAAAAUCACAGUGAGAAGCGCGGAAGCCCUCUAGCGGCUGUCUAUGAAACAGCCACUAGAGGCUGGAUUAACCCAUAGGUAAACAUAGCAGUUUCUCUGAAACUGCUAUGUUUACAGAAAAAAGGGUUAACCCUAGAUGGACCUGGCACCCAGACCACUUCAUUAAGCCGAAGUGGUCUGGGUGCCUAUAGUGGUCCUUUAAAGGUACACUAUAGUCACCAGAACAACCACGUUCAUGUAGUUGUUUUGGUGAAUAUAGCCUGUCCCUACAGUUUUUUUUUUUAUUUAUUUUUUUUUACGAAAACACUGCCUUUUCAGAGAAAACAUAGUGUUUACAUUAUUGCCUAGGAACACCUCUAAUGACAGUAUCUCAGGCGGCCACUUUGAUUCAUUGAUUCAAUGCAUCUCUAUGAGGAGAUACUGAUUGGCACAAUGAUCUCUGCCAAGGAGGCGGAGCAUGGCUGAAGGGUGUGUCUUUCUGUGAGUGUGUGUUUGUGUGUUUAGGUUACCUGCCCCCCUCCAAUCACAUGGUAAAGGUGUUUUUACUAUCUGUUUUUCCUACGCUGUGUUGGUCUCUGCGUGGCUAGCCCCACCUCUACAGUUGAGAUAGAUCUCAGCCAAUCCAAUGCUUUCCCCAAAUAGGAAAGCAUAGGGAGACUAUUGCACGUGCGCGUCAAAAAGACAUACUGCGCCAAUCAACAUCUCCUCAUAGAGAUGCAUUGAAUAAAUGCAUCCCUAUGGGGAGCAUUCAGUGCCUAAAUGGAGAUGCUGAACGUAGGUGCUGACCCAGGAAGCACCUCUAGAAGUCGUCUGAGUGUCUGUUACUAGGCAACAAUGUAAACACUGCCUUUUGUCUGUAAAGACAGUGUUUACAUUGAAAAGCCUGACUAUAGACACCCGAACAAAUACAUUAAAGGACCACUAUAGGCACCCAGACCACUUCAGCUCAAUUAAGUGGUCUGGGUGCCAGAUCUCCCAGUUUUAACCCUGCAGCUGAAAACAUAGCAGUUUCAGAGAAACUAUGUUUACAUUGCAGGGUUAAUCCAGCCUGUAGUGGCUGUCUCCGAAUAAAUAAAUAAAUAUCAUAAUAAUAAUGUGGGACCAUCUUACUACACCUGGAACUCUAGGGCUGUAUAUAUUUAAAGAUACAGGCCAUUGAUGUCUUGUAAUAAUAAUAAUACAAAGCUUGCUGGCUGUCUGGGUGGCAAUCAGUGAUUCUCUGCUAUGCCCUUCCCUAACAGAAUAAUAGAUGGGGCAUGGUUACGAAUAUUUUUUUGUAUUUAAAAAAAAACUAAAAAAAACUUCUUACUGGAGUUGCAUAAUGGCUGUACCUGUGACAGGCACGGGUAAUCACCUAUUACAUGUACAUCACAUCAUGAAUGUAUCCCUGAAUAUCAAUGCACAGCAUUCUGAAAGGUCAGCAUAUUAGAGCUCAGGAUGAAGAAAAGGUAGAAAUGGAAAAAAAGCCCUCUCAAGGCAAAUAUGGGCUGUUUACAGAUCGUUGCUCCUCUUUUAUCUACAUUUACCAUUCUGCGCUAUAUGGUCUUUAACAGCCGCUUGUAAUACAGAUAUCCGUCCCACCUCUUUUACAUCCCAUAAUGUGUGACGGUUUGGUCCCAAGGAAUGCUAAAUGAUGGUCACCUGUAAAUUAGCCUGUGUGGACGUGGUAAUCACAAUGUCUAACAUAUUAUGGAAUUUUCAGAUCCUGUAUAUCUAAUUUAUUGCUUUAGAUCUCAAUUCAGUAAAAUAGGCAAUGUUCAUGUUUAGUAAUCUUUAUAUAUAGUCUUUAGUCACAUUUUUGCAUUGGCUGUUUUGAAUGGUGGUGAUUAAUGAUUUUUUUUUUUUUUUUCGACAAUAGGGUAUGCCAUUAAAUAGUAAGCCUAAUUUGACUGGUUUAAAUCUAAAAGAAGGUAGCCCUCUUAUGAUCGAUUUUAGUCAUUCACCACAAUUUUGUUUUAUGGGAACAAAAAGCUAAAAAUGUGAUGUUUACUUUUUUAUUUUAUUUUUUUUUAAAUCAUUUGUAUUGUAAUCUUUUCAGUUGUCAAGUGCCUUGAGGUCAGAAUCUGUCAGAGUUCUGAAGUAUUCCCCUGUAGCUUAAGAGGUGCAGUCAUCUUACACGAUUCGUCAUCCGCGAUUUCUGUUUAAAGAAAUACAGCUAAAAACGAAUUCCUCUGCUGCAACCAGGGCUCAAAAUUUACUCUAGUCAUUGGAGUGUAAAAAUUAAAGGGCCUUGUUGUGGCCAAAACCACUUUUGCUCUUCUUAAAGAGCAUCAAAUUUCAUGUCUACAUUAUGCUACAAAGACUCUCUCAAUUAUGCGGCAUAGACGCUCUGUUCUCCAUGCAUAGCAUCCCCAUUACAUGCUUUGUGGUUGCUAUGGAAACUCUCUACCCGACACUGCUAGUGCAGACUAGGGAGUAUAGUUACAGAAUGAUUGACGUCAACCCAUUCAUUUGCCGGCAUGCCAACAAUUGCGUAGGUGUGUCAGUGUUAUGGUGAAGGCUUGCCCUGUUUGAGGUAGUGUCCCUAAGCAGUUUAAAUCAAUAGAGACCCUGGGUAGUGAGGGUGUACUGGAUGAUAAUUACAAUGUGGCGCGGAAUUGGAGCAUUAAGGCCCUGGCUAGUGGAAAUUUACCCCUUGUAAGUAUCCAAUGGACUCUUUGGGGUUGCGAGCAGCGUUCAAGGCCUGGCUAGUAGCACAGGACUUGAAAUUUGAAGCCCUGGCCGCUAUAAAAAAAAAAAGCGGUCACAUAGCCGCAAUAGGCGUCCAUAGUGUUGCCUGCAGGAGGACUGCCUGAACUGACCAGCAAUCUACCUGCUAGUGAAAAAGUAAAAAAAAGUGUGUGUAUAUGUGUAUGUGUGUGUGUGUAUGUAUAUAUGUGUGUGUGUGUGUGUGUGUGUGUGUGUGUAUAUAUAUAUAUAUAUAUAUAUAUAUAUAUAUAUAUAUAUAUAUAAAAAAUACAUUUUUUUAAAGAAAUAAUGUAAAAAAAAUAUAUGUAAUUUUAUUCGAACUGUAUUUUGAUAUUAAUAUUCACUUCGAAAUCUAUAUAUGUGUGUAAAUUAAUGUCAAAUACACAUGUCCUUAUACACAAUUACAUACAUAAUUUCUUAUAUACAUAUAGACUUCAAAUAUAUAAAUAUGUAUAUAUAUUUAAAUUCUACAUGCAUAUUUAUGUGAUAUUUUUACAUAAAUAAUUUUAUUGAUUGCAGUUUGGGGACCUGCCUGAUAACCCGGCAGAAAGUCCAGAGAAUUCAAUUUGCUAGCACUAUAUUUAACCCUGUAACUUUCCAAGCCACCCUAAAACCUGUACAUGGGGGUACUGUUUUACUUGGGAGUAAACAUAUAUAACAGUAAAACAUAUCACAGCGAUGAUAUUGUCAGUGAAAAUUACAUUUCUUUGCAUUUUUCACACACAAACCACACUUUCACUGAUAUCAUUGUUGUAAUAUGUUUUACUGUUUUGAAACACUAAUAUUUGUGUUCAGUGAAGUCUCCCGAAUAUAACAGUACUCCCCGAUGUACAGGUUUUAUAGUGUUUUUGAAAGUUACAGGGUCAAAAAUAAGGUGUAAUUUUCAGUUUUUUUUCACAUUGAAAUUUGCCAGAUUGCUUAUGUUGCCUUUUGAGAGCGUAUGGUAGCCCAGGAAUGAGAAUUACCACCAUGAUGGCGUACCAUUUGCAAAAGAACAGUAGCCACUUAGUCACAAACAUUGGCCAAAGUUAGCGUUCAUAAUUUUUUUUUUUGCAUUUUUAACACACAAAUAUAAUUGUUAACUUUGGCCAUUGUUUGUGACUAAGUGUCUACUAAGGACUGGACAUACCCCAUAUUGAAUACCCUGGGUUGUCUACUUUAAAAAAAUAUGUACAUAUGAGGUGUGAUUCAGAGAUUUAUGACAGAUAAGUGUUACAAAUGUCACUAUUUAUACAUUUUCAAAAUAUAGAUUUUGAAAUAUUUUGUACUUAUUGCUCUAUAACAUGCAAAAAAAAAGCUAAGGACAUGUUAACAUUGGGUAAACUCAGGACAAAAUUUAGAAACUAUUUAGCAUGGGUGGUUUUUGGCAGUUGUAGAUGCGUAACAGAUUUUGGGGGUCAAAGUUUAAAAAAGUGCGUGUUUUUUAAUUUUGAAAAAUAAAUAUUUUUUUUAUUUUUUAUAUAUAGUAAAUUCUAUAUGAUUAUAAUGGUAUCUUUAGAAAGACCAUUUAAUGAUUAAAAUGACUCCUCACUUACUGACCGGGUUCCAUUCCUAUGACCUGGUCGUAGAACGAAUUGGUCGGUAAGUGAGGAGUUAAGGGAUUCCCUGGUCUGGUGCGUUUGUCUAUAUUCGGGGAUGUUUCCCCAAACAUAGACAUGCACACCAGAGUAGGGAAUCCCUUAACUCCUCACUUACUGAUCAAUUAGUUUUAAAUUUCCCCGAAGAUCUAUUAGAGGGAUUCCCUGCUCUGAUGCGUUAGCCUGUGUUCGGGGGAAGUUUCUCCGUACAUAGACAAACGCAUCAGAGCAGGGAAUCCGCAUGACUGCUCGGACUUACUACUGGUCGUAAGUGCGAGCCGUCAUAAUACAGGUAAGUUGCAAAACGAAGACCACCUGUAUAAUAUGUGUGGGUACAGUAAAUGAGUAAGAGGAAAAUUACAGCUAAACACAAACACCGCAGAAAUGUAAAAACAUCCCUGGUCCUUAAUGGUAAGAAAAUGAAUCACUAAGGGGUUAAUUUACUCAUUUUGGUCGGUUUUUUUUUUUUUUGGGUAGUAGAAUUUUCCUUUUUUUUUUUCAGUAUGAGUGAUUAGUCUAUUCAACUGGAAAUAGUUCACCUUGCAAUAAUUUAUGCAUUGUAUGUUCUAUGGAUUCUAUGUAUUUCUAAUGGAAUAUAACAAAAUGAGUUCUCAUAUAGCUGUUAAAUCUGAAACGCUAUUCUAAAUAUUUAUCUGGUAGCAAAUAUUAAAGAUAAGAACCCUCAUGAAUGAAUCAUUACGAUUAAAAAAAUCUUGAUUUAAAUAAAGUCUUGCUGUCAGGUCGUUAAAACAAAUCCAUCCUGGUAAUUUCUCAAAAAAAAUCUGAUAUUUUGUAUGAAAAUCAGUACAAACCUAGAACCAAAAGGAUUUUGGUGCCCAAAGGUUUGCUCAAAUCAUCCUAAAAGGACGUGCUUGACAUCAGUUGUAGUUUCACAGCAAAUGAAAAGCUACGUAGGCCAUAGCUGAACUGUAGUUUCAUUGAUUUUAGUCUGUUAAUUUAAGCUUGGUGGCUCUAGUUAUGGUAUUGAUUACCUUGCAUUUGCUAAAAAUAACUGUUUUGUAUUCUGGGCACUGGCUCUUUGAAUAAUAGGGUGUAUCUACAGUUAAAUCUCUGCAACUGCCUGAUUGAAAAUACCGGAUUUGUGAGUUUACUUUACAGAAUAAUUACUAAACCUUACUUUUUAAAAUUUGGUGUUCUAGAAAGGGGAACCGACUCUAAAUGUAGUCUAUUGUGAUGAGUUGGGGAAAGAAAAAGGCACCAUAUUGGAAUUUCAAAAAUUACAACCUCUCUCUUGGUUGUAGUGUUUUACAGUAAAUUUCUUUCCUUAUUCCAUACUCAUUCCAUACACCUAAUCUUUUUACCUCUACACUAACCAUCAACCCAUACAAUGCCUAAACACAUACACUAUCCCUAACCUAAAUAUAUAAGUUAACAUAAAGGAUUGAUCACGCCAAACCAUGUAUUGGGGAGUAAUGCCAUCUUGGGGUUCAUUAUAAACCACUCACUCUUCUCUUUGUGUGUGUUGUGGUUUAUGGUAUUAUUUUCAUGCUCUUCACUUUUGCAUCUCCUACUCCUUCUGUCUUUCUAGUAAAAUAAACAUAUGAAUAAAAAAAAGUGUGUAUUUAAUUUCCCUUUUUAAUAGUGUCAUGGUUUAGCGUAAAACAUUAAAAUAGUAUGUUUAUUAAUAUUUGUAUUUACUUUCCGCACCAUAAAACAAACAGAUAAACCCCCAAAAAGAACUCUAUAAACUGGCCAAAUAUAUUUGCAAUCUAAUCUGCAUUAGUAAGCUCUGCAGAUGGCUGGCUCUGCUUCCUGUUACUUGUAAUAAUGUCAGUGUGCCCUUGAGGACAAUAAAAUCUAGCCGGUCACCAAUCUCCAGUUUUUAGAAACUGGAUAAAAGUGAAACGGUGGAUUUUCGGCAAUACACCCUUCCUAGUUUUGAAUGAGACUAAUACUGGUAGGAGAAGCAAGGUUUAAUUUCCAAAUUAAAGGAACACUAUAGUGUUAAGAAUACAAAGCUGAAUUGCUAAUGCUAUAGUGUCCCUCUUCCCCUGCCCAUGCAAAGAGAUAAACCCUUCCUGGAUUCCAGCGCCAAUAUCCCACGGCACUUGGUCAGGCUCCUUUUACUUCUCAGAAGUCAGACCUUGGGGGUAGAACCGCAUACGUGGCGAUCCAUUAGGCCUUUCCUAUAGGAAUCUCCAUGAAACUUCAGUGAGCACCUCUGCUGGCUGUCUGAUGGCAACUUUAUUUUCCUGGCACUAUAAUUUCUAUUUAAAGGACCACUAUAGUGCCAGGAAAACAUACUCGUUUCCUGGCACUAUAGUGCCCUGAGGGUGCCCCCACCCUCAGGGUUCCCCUCCCGCCCGGCUCUGGAGGGGGAAAGGGGUAAAAACGUACCUUUUUCCAUUCUGGGCGGGGAGCUCUCUCUGCCUCCUCCCCUCCUCCGAUCUGCCCUGUCGGCUGAAUGCGUACGCGUGGCAAGAGCUGCGCGCGCAUUCAGCCGGUCGCAUAGGAAAGCAUUCAUAAUGCUUUCCUAUGGACGCUUGUGUGCUCUCACUGUCAUUUUCACAGUGAGAAGCACGCAAGCGCCUCUAGCGGCUGUCAAUGAGACAGCCACUAGAGGAUUUGGAGGAAGGCUUAACCCAUUGAUAAACAUAGCAGUUUCUCUGAAACUGCUAUGUUUAUAAAAAAAUGGGUUAACCCUAGAAGGACCUGGCACCCAGACCACUUCAUUAAGCUGAAGUGGUCUGGGUGCCUAGAGUGGUCCUUUAAGGAAACAGGGACACUGCACCCAUACCACUUCAGGUGGUCAUUUAAGGUUCCACAGGCCAUACAUUGAAAGAGUAAGUCUAAAAAACUUGAACAUGUAAAAUGAAACAUUCUAUUGUUUUCUUCUCUUAUCUAAACUCUGCUCAUCGUUUCAGAAUGCCUUAUGCGAUGCCAUUAUGUGUUUAGAUAUAAACAAACUUUAUAACUUGGUUUCAAAUUGUUACCUUAUUGGAUCUCUUGUUUCUCACAUUAAAUCAGAUCGGUAUUUGGUUUUCCUUCUGGCAGUUUUGGACGCUUUAAUUACUUUUUUUAUUUUAAAGACUGUACUGUCAUAUUGCUCAAACCAUGUGUUUGUCACAUUAUUAUGCUUAAUUGCUUUUCACCCUUAAAAUGCAUAUUAUGAUUCCAACCAAUACAUAUACUAACCUCCUAUAAUAAUGUUGUUGGUUUAACAGACACUUAGUCACACUAAGAACUAUAACAACUUAGCAUGAUUCGUGAUUUGAUAGUGUACAGAGUACUCUGCAUUCACUGUAAUCGGUGAGAUUGACUUAAAACGGCAGCAAUUCAUAAAAACUCACUGCAGCUGUGAGCCAGGCAAUCACUAUUUGGGAUGUCUAACAUAUUUUGUUUUCCCAAGGCUUUGUGCAUGAAGGAGCCGAGCUUUGGCCAACUUGUGAGGGGUCUGUGGCUCCACUUUUUACAAUUGUUAUUUAUAUAAUGCCAAUAAAUUCCUCAGUGCUGUACAACUGUACACUGAUCACUGCAUAAAGCCCAGUUAAACGAACAGUGUUGGUAAACUGAUAUCAGCCGCAACCUUUGUCAUGAGUGAGACAGCUUGUUUUUUAUGAUAAUGUACUUCGUUAUCCAAGCACUAUGACCACUUUAGUGAUUUGAAGAGGUUAUGACGCCUGGAGUCCGUCACUAUAAAAUGCUGUACAUACAGAUUUUAAACUAUCUCCUGCCUGAGGAAGUGUAACGCCACAUCCAGCAGCGUCAUUGGAUAUCAUCAGUCAGACUGGAACUAGAGUUUUAUACGAAUUGCCCCUUUACUGGGGAUGGAUGAUGUAACCCUUUAUAACGUAUAAAAAUAGGUGGUCAUUAUUACCCCAUAAUAUUCCCUUAAAGGAACACUAUAGUGUUAGAAAACAUGUCUAUAGUGUUACAAACCUGUUCCUAACGAUAUAUUGUUGGACUACCUAUUUAAGUCCCCGGCCCCCAUAAAAUAGAGUACAUAGGUGGCUUAUUAACGUUUCUCCAUCGCUGUGCUGGUCUCGCCUCCAUGGCUGAGAUCUUCAGUCUUGACAAUGUCAUCCAAUCAAUGCUUUCCCAUAGCAUGCAAGGCAAAACACAUUGAUGCACUAAUCGGCAUCUCCUCAUAGAGAUGCAUUGGCUCAAUGCAACUAUAUGGGGAAGCAUUCAUGCACAGCCUCUAGUUGCUGAAUGUCGGUGAUGCACACAGUGCAGCACUGACUCAGGAAGCACUUUUAGUUUCCAUCUAAAUGACUGCCACUAGAGGUGUUACUAGGCAAUAAUGUAAGCACAGUGCUUACAUUGCUCAGACUGUAGGGGCAUGUUGUUGACACCAGAACCACUACAUUAGGCUGUUGUGGUUCUGGUGACUAUAGUGUCCCUUUAAAUGGUAAUCUGCAGCCUCGGUAUUGCACACCACUGCAAACUAGUAUAGCAAACUAACCAGACAUGCAUAUUGGGGAAAGAGUUAACACACAGAAAUGAAUAUUGCACUGCAUGUCCAGCAAGAAAGCAACAUGUACAAAUGUCAUAUUUGGUUCAGCUUCCAUACCCAUCUCUAAUUUCUAUUUUGGCUAGCUGUCUGCCAUCUAUUACACUCUGUGAUUAUAAUUUUUUUAUUUUUUUUAUUUUAUUAAAGCUCUCUGCAUGGGAGGUUAGUUACAUUUAAAACUGAUAACAUUUUUUACAUAUGGUGAUUGACAAGUGUAGACACAUGACCGGUACUCUCCAUUUACAUUCUCCAUUGAAAAGAAAUCCCUUCUAGUACUCAUCACUUCCGGCAACUAGCACCUAACUCCCUGGUGUUUGCCAGUUUACGACCAGACUGGGAUAUGUACUUUCAGGUUUAUUUCAUCAGAUUCCUGCUGAGAGCCUAGCUAGGUAAUGCUGAUUACCCAUGGGGGGGGUCCACUGUGGCUCGGCAGAAAGUCUUUGUGUGAUCUGUGUUCAUCUUUGCUGGAAUUGAUAAUUCACUUGUAAAAUUCCAACUUCUAUUUGUAUUCAGUUUGAAAAAAAUUAUGGACACAUUUGAAUUAAUUUGUUAGGCAAAAUUGUUUAGGACCGUUGACUUUGGCCUGCAAAAACAUGCCUUUUAAUGACUAAAAACGUACACCUUCCCUUUUUCUCAACGUUAACACCACGGUACAGCAGUUUUUAAGGCCUUGGAUGAACUAAUUAGAUUAAGCAAGAAGCUUUCCUUAGAUAAUCAUUUAGGGAGCCAUUUCUUAUGCUAGAGCUCGGCUGCUGAUAAUGUGCAGUUGAAGGUCAAAUGCUUAGCAGAGAAUAGCAGCAGCCGAGGCUUAAUCUCAGUCAGGCAGUGGUUUAAAAUUACUUAACCAUUGGCUUUUACAGAUUCAUGUGAAUCUGAGCUUUCUGAGUUUUUUUUUUUUUUUUUUAUAAAUGCAGUGGUGUGUGGUCAAAAUAAAUGUCCGUCUUUAAAUGCUCUGAGAAUAAAUGUGCAGAGAUUGGAUUGUGCAUGAGGUUAGUGUUUGCUUCCAUGCUUCUCAUAGGGCAAGUGUUUAUUUCCUGGUGUAAGAUGAUACUGGGAUAAAUUGGGAGAUUCUGCAUGGGAACCUCUAGCCUCUCUCCUUACAUCAUUGUCGCAAGGUUCAGAUACAGACAGACCUUUGGUGUCUUUGUGUGUAUCUAUUUUGAGCUGUGCCUGACAACUUAGGGUGGAUAUUUAGAAAGCUUGUCAUGAAAACUACCACAUUCAGUGAGGUCGUCUUUCUUGAGAGUCUGGAACUUGGAAAAUCAGACACUGAGGCCAUGACUAUUUAAAAAAAUAUUUGUAAAAUUAUUUGCUUCAGUGUGUAGCUAGUUCAUAGAAAAUACAAUGGUUGUGUAGUUCUGUAUUUGUAACCGUUUUGUAUUUUAAAGGGACACUAUAGUCACCAGAACAACUACAGCUUAAUGUAGUUGUUCUGGUAAGUAUAAUCGCUCCCUUCAGGCAUUUACAUGUAAACACUGCCUUUUCAGAGAAAAGGCAGUCUGUACAUUGCCCCUAGGGACACCUCCAAGUGGCUACUGAAGGGGCUUCCUGGCUCAGGGCUGCACAGUAAGCAGCCCUGCCGUUCAGCGUCCCCAUGCUCUGCAUGGAAACGCUGAAUAUUCCUCAUAGAGAUGCAUUUAUUCAGUGCAUCUCUAUGAGGAGGUCCUGAAUGGGCAAAAUGGCAUUUGGCCCUGCCCCAUCGCGAUUUCCGCCAAUUCAAUGCCUUACAUAUGGGAAAGCAUUGGAAUGGCAAAAAAUCUGCCAUUUUGAUGAUGUCACAAAGGGGGUGGGAUGGACAAGCCACCUAUAUGGUGGGAAUAGCACUAUAGGGGCAUGAAUAUAUGUUUGUGUUCCUGACCCUAUAGUAAUUCUUUUAUGUGUUGGCUGCACUUAGGGGGGAAAAAAAUCAAGUGGUAAAGAUAUGUUUAAGGCAUGCAAUGGUUUUUAUAUCUGUGCUCAACAAACCACAUGGCCAUCCUACCUUUAAAAAAAAUUAGCUAGUAGUUCCUAACAUGUUUGAGUAUUUUUGAAGCAUCUUUGUAGCAGUACCUCACCCCUUUACUCUGUAAGAAGUAAAUUUGGCUCUUAAAUAUGUAUCUGUUCAGGAAAUCCUCAUAUAUUUUUGAACUCAUUGCUUUGUAACAGGCCAAUUAUAAGUUUAGAUAUAGACUAUGUGCUGGAAGAAUAUAUACAUUUAAUAUUCCCACCGUUAAUUAUUUAAGGCACUCUCAUCAACACCUCAGAGGAACACAUUUCUCUGUCAAGAUACAAUUGUGUUCCUAUGUAUGUGCAGUAGAACUUUAAAUGGUAUCUAUCCUCUACUCACCCGUUACACAGUAACAUUUGCAGGAUUUAAAUAACUAUUGGUCAGUUACAUAGCAUAUUUCUGUUAAAAGCACAAAAGUCUCCAGUGUAGGAUAAAAUCUUAAAGUGGCACUGUCAUGCCGAAUCUUGUUUUGUUUUUUUUGUUUUUUUUAACCCCCCUCCGGCCUCAACUAUCUCUGACACUCUAGUCACCCCCAAAUGCCCCUAAGCCCCCCACAUUACCUAUUUUUUCUUCUUUAUUUUCUGUCCCGAUCUUGAUUCAGGGCGCAGCCAUCUUUGUGUGGGUAGAUGAAGUCCCUGUGGGACACGUCAUCAGCCCACACUAGACAGACUGUGAGAUUCCCGCACAUGCCCAGUGAAACACCUGGACAUGCGAACGGGAAUUUCAUCUAUUCAUUCAUUCAUCAGACAACGAAUGAGUGUAUAGAAAUAUCAGCCGAACAAACUAACACUGUGUAUCAGUGUUUGUUUGUUCGUUCAGUUUAUUACAAGGAGGGAGCUACCGGCACGCAGCUCCCUCCUUGUAAUAUGUAACCAUAGAAGUGGCAGGGAGCAGUGCUCCCCUCCACUUCAUAAGCCCCCAGGUCCCCCCUCACUCUAUGGGGUUCAAUAUGAGGGCGGGGGGGGGAGGACAGUAGGUCCCCCCCUCAUUAUCUUUAUGGCCCCCACCCGCUGUCCAGGGUGGGGGCCAAUAGUUUUUUUUUUUUUUUUUCUGUUUACCAGACAUGCCCCUACUAGCGGUAUAGCGAGUAGGGGCAGCAUUUACUAAUACUAAGUAAUUUUUACUUAUUAUUAGUAAAGUUGGCUGAAAGACCAAUUUAGGUCUUUCAGCCUUUUAGUAGAUAACUCCCUGAUACCGUGGGAAUUAGGGAGUUAUCUACUAAGCGGCUGCAAGAUGCAGCCACAGCAAGAAUAGGAUCGGAGUUUCAUUCAUUCGAAUGAAAUUCCGAUCCGAAUAAAGUGCCGAAUUGCGUUCUAAAGCAAACUAACAUACUGUUCUCAUUCAGUUAGAACGUAAUUAAUCAGUUUAGUGUAAAAUGACAGGAAGCAUCGUGGGAACACAGAGGAAAGGUGAGAAUUAUGGGAAAAUUGCUCUGACCAGCGGAAAUGAAGCACACUUUGCUCCUCAUCUGGUCAGAGCUGGUCAAGUGGAGGAAUCCUCCAUAAGGCAAAGAGUCCCUACUUUGUCUUAUGAUUUACAGAAUAACAGAUCCUGAUAGAGGGGGAGAAGAGGAAGAGAUUGAGGAAAGGUAAGUUCGGCAUGACAGUGCCGCUUUAAAGAGACACAGCACUGUCAAAAAACAAAAUAACUGUUUAGUAGUUAUAUACCCAAUGAAAACAUGCAUGCAUUUACUUAUGCUUUUUUUAAAUUUAUUUAUUUUAUUGGUUAGCCCCAAUCUAAAAAUAGUUUGCAAAAACGGAAGUUCUCUUGUCUGAAGCCUUUUGCGAACCCUCCUGGCUGUCCAAUUGCAAACUUCAUAAUCCAGUUCACUGAGAAGUCUUUGCAAGGUAGUUGUUCUGAGCAAUUUCCUGUCUUGUUAGUUUAGCCUGAGUUAAGCUAAGCAAGCAGUAAGUAACAGUACCGGUUGUCUGACAGCCAGUGAGCGUAACAAAAUUAAUUUAUGAAAAUGGUAAAAAAAUUUCUUGAAACCUGCACUUUUUUGUAAAAUGUGAGAAAAAGAGGGGGACACACUAUUAACACAUAAAACACUAAAGCAAGCUGACGUUCCUUAAUGGUCCGGUGUGUACCUUAAAGCACAUUCUAUCUCACUUCUUGCUCGAUGUUAUCUUUAAUUUUUCUUUACUUGACACAUGUCCCAUACUCAUUUGGUUUAUUAAACAGGCCCCUCUUACAUGAAGGGGCACUAGGCACCUUAGCCACUGCAGCUUAUUAAAGUGGUUAUGUUUCAAAAAGUCUGUGGGUUGUUUCAAAACAUUGGCACCAUCGCUCUCCCUGCACCUCUAGCCAGGACUAAUUAACUGCUGCUCAGCAAAUCUGGAAUUGAAAUUCCACAUUUUACUGUUCAACUUCGUGUGGUAAUGAUGGGCUGGUUCCAAGCCAUUUUAACCUGUUCUCACUAUAAAAAAAGUUUCACUUCCGACUUAGUUGGUAAGCUUUCUGAAGGGCCUUCAGAAUCUGUCAAACUACUGAAACACUGUUUGACAAAAAUUGGGAGGAUAGUCCUUCAAACACGUACCACAUAUGAUUCUUAUGAGCUUUAAAGUUUUAAAUGAGAAUAUUUUUGUUUGUUUUUUCAUUCUUUUAUUGAGGCAUUGAAAGAGACAGUACAGAAAUAAGAGUGGAGCUACUCAUUUGAAUCACAUGUCAAACUGGCAUAUCAAAUGUACAUCAAAGCAAUACUCCUGAGCAUUCCUGCCUCGUUUUAUAUUUUAAGAAGGUGCAACUAUACUAACAAAGAACAAACAUUAUGUGAUGCUUCCGGUCAUGGCAAGAGACACUCUGCUGUUUGGGACUGGUUAGGGAAGUGUCUAUUAAUGAGGUGCGAAGGGCCUCAUGCUUGAUUAAUGUUAAAUGAAGGGAUAGAUGGCCGCUGCCUUAGAUGUGGUUUGGGAGCAAUGAUAAAUUUGCUGGUCACGGUAUCCGUAAAGGUAUGCCGUGGAGUAAACCAUUUAUGUUGCAGCAUAUAAGAUGUCUCCUGCGCCCACAGGCUUUGUGGGCCUAGUAAAGUGAGCUAUGGUAUAUACUACUGGACCAUAUGGUGAGCAAAAUCCUAACUAAAGAUAUAAAAAACAAAAACCCAAAUAAAAACAGUGUGCAGAACUUGUGUUCUUCGCUAAGUCACUGUGCCUCUAUCUCCUCGAGGUACAAAAGAUGUUACCCCAUCGAUAUUCCAUGUGUGGAGCGCCUGUAGCGGUUGUGGUCUGGUUGGGGAGGCCCAAGUUAGCUAGUAGUGCCUAUCCCUCAGUGGGAUCUGUGUAAAUUAGAAUGUUUGCUUUAAUGUCCUGAUUAAAUGUUACAAUAAUUUACCUUUAUAUAUUUUUUUUUCUUUCUUUUUUAGGUUCCCAUCUAA